AAUAGCAAUGUGCUAGCAUCAGGCGAGCAGCACAGUGAUAUGGAUGCAGUGAGUGUCCCUCCUCCCACACCCCCUCCCCCGCCCAGUAACCUAGUGAAGAGGAGGAUUACAGGGGAUAUCGAGCAGCACCCAGUGUUAGCAGCAAACUGGAUCUUUCCUUCUGUCUUAGCACAGGCCAUUACCAUCACUGGAAGCUAUAGCAACUCUGCAUCCACUGCUGCCUGUUUCCUUCCUUCCUGUAGUGAGUAUAUCCGCGGUCCCUGCCAUGCCUUGUCCAUCCUCCUGCCCAGUACUGCUAAUUCCAUCUAUUAUAGCCUUUAUGUUUUCUACAUGAGCCGGUUCUAGUCACCCCUGAUCAAGUCAUCACAGGGCUUCUCCCACAAUCCUGUCAUUCGAACGUUCACAUUCUAGAAUGGUGGGGUACAUUAAAUAGACAUACAUGUCCACGAUUUGGUUGAAUGUUAACAUCAGUUAUAAAGGCUGUACCAGCUUCAUGGGAGUCGUAGUACUCUGUAUCUGUAUGUGAUAAGGUUCAUCUUCUUCGUAUUCUUUAAAAUGCAAGUCAGUCAUGGUAAAGGCUAAAUCGUUUGUUUUUUAUUUCGAAUGUAAUGUUUAGAUUUAACUAUAUUACUAUAUAUUAAAUAUUUACUCUGAAUUUACCUUCUAUCAAGUUUGUAAUCUCUUACUUUUCGUGUUUCUACUGAUAGUCCAUUCUUUAUGCUGGCCUCUGACUCCCUAUACAUAACCUUUUGUUCCAGUGUGAUUUAGGCCCAUGAAGAAUUGACAGUAAUUAUAAUCACAUGGUUUUGCAUGAAAACAGUAUUGGACUCUAUGAUUUUUAUAGCAUCUGUCAUCAUCAAUACAUCUCCCGUCACAUACGAGAACCCCAAACAUAUAUCACAGACAUUCAGCUUCCAUUAUAUGUUUCACACAGCCAGACAGCUCCAUUCGCACAAGUUUUGGGCACUACCAUAUCACACAAACGCUUUACAUAAAAGGCGAGCUGACCCUUGUACUUGACCCUGAACCCAGCAGCCCACCACCAAAAGCAAAACAAAAACAGACUUCCUGAAGCCACAUUCUCAGAAUAUACCUCCAUUGCCAAUUAUGGCAACUUUCCUCUGCCCAAUUUAUUUUUCUGCUCCCCGUUUUCAGUUCAUCCUUCCAAUUGUCAUAUCCCUUCAAACAAUUCUCUAAUCAUACUUCCCCUCUCCAUGUUUCCCAUUAUCAUCUCCAAUUCAUUCAACCCCCAGCCAUAUUGCUCCUAGUCAUGCCCGCUGCCAUAUAUCCCACUCUUAAUAUACCCCAUCUUCAUAUGCCCCAACUAUUUUACAUUCUUUUUCUUGCUCCCUGCCAUAUUCCCACAUUCACUUAUACAUCGAUAUCUCCCAAUUUCACAGAAACCAGCAAUAUAUCACAAUUUAUCCAACCAUUCAUCAUCCCCACAGUAAUUUAACUAAUAUUUCACUUUCCCACAGCCAUAUAACCCCCAGUUCACUGUUCACAUCAUUUUGCACCCCCCCCCCAUUCAUCUCCCAACAUAAACAGUGUCCCCCAUUUAAUUUCCUUGUAGGGCCAGCCCUGAUGUCAGAGAUUUCUCUACCUAUGUCUUGGAUACAUACAGCUGCCAGGGAUAUGCACUAAACCAGGAAGUGUCACUGACUAGGCUGGAAUUUAGCUGGAAAUAAUUGAGCAGGAUAAUGAAAAUAAUUGAAAUAAUUGAGCAGGAGAAAUGAAAUAGCUCCACUAUUUUGGCAUAAAAUGUGAAAUCCCCCUACAAUUCAUUUUAGUGGAUAACCCUGUGCAUUGCUUAUUUAACACUUACAGGUUUGUGUAUGUGGCGUUGUGAGAUUUUUUGCAUUGAACCCAAUUGUAGUGGUUUAAAACCGAAUUGCAAAAUUCAGGCAAAAAGUGGAAACAUUUGGAUGUUUAUUCUAUAGCACAUGCCUCACUCAGCUUUUACUGGCUUCUCACAAUAAGCUGCAUGAAGCACCUGACAUGUAGAUGUCGCGCAACUCCCAGGAGCAAGACUUGCUGACUGUUGUCUCCCUUUGUGGAUAAUGUUGGCCUUGCAAGUGGGAGGGAUAGCAGUGAUUCCCCAGGCAGCGGCAGAGCAAGCCAGUUCCGAGUGCCGAGAAGGCAAUGACAUAUGAUGCGUGUCAUAUCUCCACCCCCUUUACAGAGCACUAUGUGAUGUGUUCCAAUCUGGAGUAUGCUGACUCCUCUCAGUUGCCACAAGUUUGUGGACUAUCUCUCAUCCAACUCCACCACACUCACAGGUGUACAAUUCCAUUCUAUAUAUAAUAAUAAUAAAUAAAAAAAUUACAAAUAACAAUUUACUCAUAAAAUAAAGAUGUGAUCAAUAUGGGGAUGUAGGGAGACAUGAGCAGGGGAACAAGUAUGAAACUGGGGACAUAAGAUGGGAGACACCAUUCAUCAGCUGCACAUUUUCAAAAUCAACUAACCUUUCCCAGCUUAAUGUAGUGGUUCUGGUGUCAAUAUUCUGACACUACGGACUUUUCAAUGUAAACACUGCCUUUUCAGAGAAAAGGCAGUGUUUACAUUGCUGCUUAGGCACUCUUCCAGGUGGCAGGUACUCAGAUGGCCACUAGAGAUGCAUCCUGGGUCAGUUCAGUUUCUCCAUGCGGAAUGUUCCCCAUAGAGAUGCAUUUAUUCAUUAAAUCUCUGAGGAGAUGCUGAUUGGAACAGCUGGGCAAUAGCCUGUUUAUUGGCUGAGAUAAUCUAGAUUGAUUAUUGAUUGAGGGGAGGCCAGAAAACGGUGCGGCGGUGUAGAAAAGGUGACUAAAAAAACUUUUAUUUCCCUGGAGAGGGGGGCCAUGGAGCUAAAAAUGUAUUCCAGCGCUACAGUAUCCUGACACUAUAGACCUUGACCUUUAUGUCAAAAUAGCCAAAAUAAAAACAGAAGUGACUUGGAUUCUUUACAAUUGGCUAGUAUGGCCUACAUUUUUAAAAUUACUUUGAAUUCCUUGAAAGUCUCAGUUUAUUGAAAAGCCCUUCAAAUUUUGCUAUUUGGUUUUCAGUUGACUGCAGUUUGGAAUUUAGUAUAUAAACGGUUUUUAACAUUCUGGGGGAAAUUUAUCAUUGCAAACUGCUAAAUGUUGCUACAAAUUAUGGUCUCUGUGUUGAUUGCUCCUCAUAUAGCACUUUUAAUUCAGAAUAGUGCCGGUUUUAAAUUUUUGCAGGUGUUUUAACAAAGCUGAUCUAUCACCCCACAAAAUAUUUUGAGCAUUUCAUAAACGUUAACAGGAUUAUUCACUACAGGGAGUGCAGAAUUAUUAGGCAAAUGAGUAUUUUGACCACAUCAUCCUCUUUAUGCAUGUUGUCUUAAUCCAAGCUGUAUAGGCUCGAAAGCCUACUACCAAUUAAGCAUAUUAGGUGAUGUGCAUCUCUGUAAUGAGAAGGGGUGUGGUCUAAUGACAUCAACACCCUAUAUCAGGUGUGCAUAAUUAUUAGGCAACUUCCUUUCCUUUGGCAAAAUGGGUCAAAAGAAGGACUUGACAGGCUCAGAAAAGUCAAAAAUAGUGAGAUAUCUUGCAGAGGGAUGCAGCACUCUUAAAAUUGCAAAGCUUCUGAAGCGUGAUCAUCGAACAAUCAAGCGUUUCAUUCAAAAUAGUCAACAGGGUCGCAAGAAGCGUGUGGAAAAACCAAGGCGCAAAAUAACUGCCCAUGAACUGAGAAAAGUCAAGCGUGCAGCUGCCACGAUGCCACUUGCCACCAGUUUGGCCAUAUUUCAGAGCUGCAACAUCACUGGAGUGCCCAAAAGCACAAGGUGUGCAAUACUCAGAGACAUGGCCAAGGUAAGAAAGGCUGAAAGACGACCACCACUGAACAAGACACACAAGCUGAAACGUCAAGACUGGGCCAAGAAAUAUCUCAAGACUGAUUUUUCUAAGGUUUUAUGGACUGAUGAAAUGAGAGUGAGUCUUGAUGGGCCAGAUGGAUGGGCCCGUGGCUGGAUUGGUAAAGGGCAGAGAGCUCCAGUCCGACUCAGACGCCAGCAAGGUGGAGGUGGAGUACUGGUUUGGGCUGGUAUCAUCAAAGAUGAGCUUGUGGGGCCUUUUCGGGUUGAGGAUGGAGUCAAGCUCAACUCCCAGUCCUACUGCCAGUUCCUGGAAGACACCUUCUUCAAGCAGUGGUACAGGAAGAAGUCUGCAUCCUUCAAGAAAAACAUGAUUUUCAUGCAGGACAAUGCUCCAUCACACGCGUCCAAGUACUCCACAGCGUGGCUGGCAAGAAAGGGUAUAAAAGAAGGAAAUCUAAUGACAUGGCCUCCUUGUUCACCUGAUCUGAACCCCAUUGAGAACCUGUGGUCCAUCAUCAAAUGUGAGAUUUACAAGGAGGGAAAACAGUACACCUCUCUGAACAGUGUCUGGGAGGCUGUGGUUGCUGCUGCACGCAAUGUUGAUGGUGAACAGAUCAAAACACUGACAGAAUCCAUGGAUGGCAGGCUUUUGAGUGUCCUUGCAAAGAAAGGUGGCUAUAUUGGUCACUGAUUUGUUUUUGUUUUGUUUUUGAAUGUCAGAAAUGUAUAUUUGUGAAUGUUGAGAUGUUAUAUUGGUUUCACUGGUAAUAAUAAAUAAUUGAAAUGGGUAUAUAUUUGUUUUUUGUUAAGUUGCCUAAUAAUUAUGCACAGUAAUAGUCACCUGCACACACAGAUAUCCCCCUAACAUAGCUAAAACUAAAAACAAACUAAAAACUACUUCCAAAAAUAUUCAGCUUUGAUAUUAAUGAGUUUUUUGGGUUCAUUGAGAACAUGGUUGAUGUUCAAUAAUAAAAUUAAUCCUCAAAAAUACAACUUGCCUAAUAAUUCUGCACUCCCUGUAGAGUCUAAAUGGUCUCAAUACUGAACGUGGCAAUUCCAUCCUGCUGCAUACAGAGCAAUUCGGGUUGCUAACUCCGGAUAUAGUUUGUGCUAUUUAAUAAUGUCUGGAUUUUAUAAUUCAGGCCCUGAAUUGGCCUGAAUUUUGUUAGAUUUUCAGCCAGACCGAAUGCAGUCUCAAAUUCAGCCUUAAUGCUUCAACUCCCAGCACAGAUUAAAAAAAAAUCUGAACUAUUUGCUCGCUGGUAAGUGGUAGAAGCCAGAGGGCAAAUAGAUUUAAAAAAAUAUAUAUAUAUUUUUCAUGAAGGUUAAUAUUGCUAGCCAGCUUCCACAUUAAAUAGUUAAAGGAACACUAUAAGGUCAGGAACAUAAACAUGUAUUCCUGACCCUAUAGUGCUAAACCCACCAUUUAUGUAGCUUGCCCCCCCCCACUUAGCCCCUUAAAAGGAAUUAAAACUCACCUUAUUUCCAGCGCCGCGCGGGUCAGCUGGCGCUUGCCCUGCCCCUUUGGUGACAUUAUCAGAGUUGCCAAUUUUUGGCCAAUCGGAUUGGAUAAAAUCAGCAAGGGAUGGGGCCAAAUGCCGUUUUGGCCAAUCAGCACCUCCUCGUGGAGAUGCGUUGAAUUACCAGAUUUUACUAAUUUCAUGAUUUUAUUAAGGACAUGGAGGCGAGUAUUAUGCUUUAUCUCUUUCUUUGUUCUUCAGCAGCAAAGAAAGGAUACUGUAAAUAUUCAAAGGAAAAAGAUUAAAACAUGUACCCUAGAGGGUUAACCACCUAUAACAUGUUAUCCUAUAGGAAUGCUUGAAAUGGUGAUAUAUGACAAAAGCGUUUAUUAGAGGUCAGAUUGAUGACAGUUCGAACGCCUCAACCUUUCUUGAGGACUAGAAAGGGGUUGCUCAGGCAACCUGGGGUUUGAGGGUGAAUUUCCGAAAUAGCGCCCUUGGAUGCUAGGGACUGUAUUUCUUACGACACCAGGUGCCGGUCUUGUGCUGAGAACACAAUGCAGUUGGGUAAAAACCUCUGAGCAGGAUAUUGUACGAUAUCUAUGGAAUAACCCAGGACAGUUUGAAGGACCCAAGCAUCUGAGGUUAACCUGCGCCAAGCAUUGUCUUAUCCGGCCCCCCACUGCCACUGAAGGCAAGUGGCAUGAAAUUGAACUUACCAUAAGGCCGUCAGCAGUAGAGGAACCUCUGGGUCUUCGUUGGAUGGCUCUUUGUUGUGGUGUGGUCUCUGUGACAGGACGUACCCUGUCCGUCUGACAAUUUUUAGAGGCAUCCUCGUCCCAUUGACAGAUGUUUUGGUGGAUUUACACCCAAUGGGAGCUACAGGUUUACUCUCUGGGGGGUUAGAAGAAAUGAGAGUACGUGGUCCUUGGGUGGAAAUUAGGGCUUGUGUGAUAGAUUAUCAGACAUGGUCCCCAUUGCCGAAAAAGUGGCUGGUGUCACUGAUUUCGCCAUUGUAGCAUCCAUAAGGGAAUGAAAUGCUUCCGGAUUCAUUUUGCUCUUGCGAUGCUUCAUCCAGUAUGGCAUGUGUGGGUGGACAGGCCACCACCAGGGGCGUAGAGGAUUUAGGAACAACGGAAACUUCCAACUCCUUUUGGGACUGCAUGACACAUUAAUAUAACAAAGUUUAUAUGAAAAUAUAAUAGGAAGUAACAAGAAAAAUUAUCCUAAGGAUAGUGUAGGAAGCUCACACCCACAGUGCCUGAUAACUACUAUAGAGGCAGUGAAAAGAGUAUAGGCACGGACAGUAAUUAGCUGAAUAGCAGUAAGGCUACUAGGCACAAUGACCAAAGGAAGCAAGCUUACUGAGUGUUCCCUCAGGAAUGGCUUGUAAGUUUUAUCCUGCAAUCCAUGAACCAUUUUAGUAGCCCUUCUCUGAACUCUCUCUAAAGUAUAAAUAUCCUUCUGGAGAUACGGUCUCCAGUACUGCGUACAUUAAACUGUUGUUAUUCUGGUGACUAUAGUGUCCCUUUAAGCAUAAAUAAGUAAAUAUAAAGCUUAUAGGGGUAAAUAUGACCCCGAUAUUACUUAUGCCCUAACCUGUGAAGUGGCACAUGGGGGCAAGUCUACUAAACUUUUAAAAUUAGUGUCUGGGCAAGCAUUGCUGCCACUCAUUAGAAAGGCCUGUCGAUAAUGUCAGGCGGUGACUUUAAAUAAGUAAUAUAUAUUGACAGAUCACCGUCCAUCUCCCUGUCUCCAACAUAAGAAUGUCCCUACUGACUCCACCCAAAAUGGUAGAAAAUUGAUGUCCGUGAACACACACAGGAUAUAGCCAGUAUGCAGCCUUUUAAUAUUAACCCACCCAAAAUAGUGGCAUGUCCAUACCCUUCAGGGGGCUGUGGAUCCCCAAGACAACCCCUAUUAAAAUUAAAUGACCCUACCUAUUUAACCCUUCCCGCCCCUGCCCUCCCUAUUUUCUUCAAAACAGGCAAAUUAAAAUCUAUAAUAACUGAAAAAAAAUAAUGGUGAAAAACCAAAACUGAUUCGCAAACCAAAAAAGAUGAAAAAACAGGACCCACCCCAGGUGCCAAAUGCUCUAGGUACGCCCCUGCCACCAACAUUUUCAAUAGAGAAAAGGGACAUGUUAAUUUUACUUUUAUGAGUGGGGGUGUGGGCAGAGCUUUUUCUGAUAAAUUUUAGGUGCCAUUACUGUGAGUAUUAUUGCUGUGGUGAUCUGUUAUACACUCAGACAGACAUAUAGUAUGGAUUUCCUAGAAAAGAGGGGCAUCAUCACCUAUUUCUCCCUAUAGCUUUUUGUAGAAGAGCCAGAUACAUUAAUUAAAAUCUGACAGCAUGGAGCAAAAAAAAAAAAAAAAAAUAUUUGGCAACUUCCUGUAGCUUAUAUUCUAUUCACAAGCAUUUCUCAAUGAUAUUUUGUUUAAUGAAUAAAACCUGGUAAGUGGGUCCGUUGCACAUGUGUAUGGUGUCUUUGCAGUUUGGGGGAGAGAGCUAUACAUUUCUGCAUUAACGUAUUUAACCUAAUGGCAGCCUAUGAGAAAUGUUUUCUGUUUAACAGGAAGAAAUAACCAUUUGUAGUGUUCCAGUUAUUAUCCUAUCUAAUUUGAUUCUGAAACACCAUGCUUUUAUUUCUAUGCAGAGACUCAAAUAACAGUACAGUACCUGUAAUCAUGCAGUUUUGUAUUUUUGAGGCUUCUAGCCAUACAUUCUGUAGUGGUUGAUGGAGACAAUGAACCCUAAUUUCCCUGGAUUUUCAAUAUUCUGUUUACUUAUCCUUAUAUUUACCAAAUCGUUAUUUGUGAGGUGUGAAAAAUAAAAUUAAAUGUGGAAAUCCACACCUCUUUAUCCUGCAACUGGAUGCCUCCAUCUUAGCUCCCUGUCAAUCAUUGUUCUAAGCUCUGUCUGUCCUUUGCACCUGGUAGUCAGCACACAGAAAAGAGGAAAAACUAAGCAAUGUUUCUGUAUCUCCUCUUCAUUUGCCAUGUUUGCCUGGUGGUGCCUUGUCUGAACUGGAUUAUGCAAUGUGCUAAAUCUUUAAUAUUCAUUUUAAAGAAAUCUGGGCAUAGUUUUUAGUUACCGUAUAUACAUUCUAGGAAAGUGACAGUUUCUCUUUAAGUUGAAGCUCACUAUUACAAUGUACAAUAUUUAUCUAUCUCACAGGGCUUAAAAUCUAAAGUCAGAGCUCAUACCAUAGUGCAGGGCUCGACAAACUCCAUCGCCAGGUCGCCUUGGCGACCAGGAAUUUGAUCCUGGCGCCUGUUUGUCAGUCCAUUCAGCGGCUGCGGAAUCCGCAACCCUGCUGUGGCCGGCUUGGGAGAUUAAAGGUGGUGGUGAGAUGCCAGGAAGCCGGAAUAUGUCACCACGGCCCUGGCAUCACUAAACAGCAUGAGGGAACAGAGUAAAAAGAGCUUGAAGAUUUCAGCAGCCACACUGAACUCCAGGGAAAAAAUUCAGUCAAGCUCUCUCAACGGUAGGGAGGCUAGGUGAGCCUAAAUGAAAAAAAUAAUAAUUUGUGAGUGUGUCAAUAUCAGUGUGUGUCUGUCACUUUCAAUAGCAUCCAUAGUGUGUGUGUCUGUAAGUGUGUGUGUAUCAUUCUGUCUGUCUGUCUGUGAGUGUCUGCCAGUGUGUGUUUAAUCAGUGAGUCAGUAUCUUCCUGUCAUUGAGUGUGUGUGUGUGCCGCUCUGUCAGUGAGUGUGUCUGUUUAGGUGAACAUCCCCCCUCCGAUUGCAUGGAAAACUUUUUUUUUUUUUUUUUUUACUCUCCUUUUUUCCAUGUGUGCCAAUCUUGCCGUGGCUGGCUUCACCUUCAUUAAUGAUCUUUGCCAAGCCAGUGCUUUCCCAUAAGAGAGAAUUGGGAGGCUGCUGCGCAUGCACAGAAAAACUGUGCAGAAUGCAGAGACGCUGAACGUAUGUGCUGCAGUGGCUGUCUGAGUGACUGUCAUUAGAGGUGUUACAAGGCAGCAAAGUAAACACCGCCUUUUCUCUAAUAAGGCAGUGUUUACACUAAAAAGCCUGCAUGGACAGGCUGUAGACACCAGAACCACUACAUUAAGCUGUAUUGGUUCUGGUGUCUAUAGUGUUCCUUUAAAAAAUAUAUUUUUGUUGUUGAAAAUAAAGCUUUGUUAGUUUAAAAAAUAUCCUAGCUCUGAACUUUUCCUGUCAAACCCUUCCCUAGUGUCAUUCUUGCCUGCAUAGAGCUCCUUAUAUCUCUGAUUAUUAUCCUUGCCAAUUAAAUCUGUUCUUCUUAUUGUGUACUGAAUUUCCUAUUAUCUUUUUUUGCCUGAUCUAAAAUUCCAGUUACCGUGUACUAACUAAUUAGUCUGUCACUUCACUCUGGCCUGAUCCUGAGUUCCACUUAGUUAGAUCGAAAUUCUGUUCCUGUCUAUCCAGAAGUCUAUCCUUUCAUUUAGUUCACAUAUUAUCGGGUUGCUGAACUUGCUCACUCUGAUCAUGUCAUCUCCCAUAGUUACACAGAUAUGAGGAGUAAGGGUUAAACAGGCCGAGAAGAAAGGUUUAUUUGACCAAGGCUCUACUUCUGUAUUCUAUUUUAAAAUAGGUUAUACAAAAUAAGGGCUUGAGUUUUGCAGACUGUCAAGAUUAAUUACUAAAGGGAGAAUUGUCAGGAAUUGAAAGUAAAUUUCAAAUUUUACUGGAAGCAUUGCUGUCUUUCUAAAUUUUUCCUUUUCAGCUACCGGUACUUAGGUCUUAGUUUGUGUGGCAUUAAAAUCACUUCCCAGCAAUUCUCACUUUGAUGAAUGAACCUGUAUUUUCAUCCUUACUUUAACAAUCCUGAUUAUAUAUUGAAUAUCUUUCUGCAUAAUGUACACCCCAUGCCCUUCUUUGCGUAUGAUGUAAUAUCAGUAAAUAAAAACGAACAAGUCAUCUAGCUUCGCUCUAACAGCGACUGUGGCGUAUUCUCUGGGGGUCUUGUGUGCCACGUAAAGAAAGAGAUCAUUUGAGAUCAACACCAAUUAGCCCUGUAUACACUGCAGCUCCUGAUGGCAGCACUACUAUGCUGUUAAUUAUAGCAACAUUAAUAAGCAGAAGUACAGGCUGCAGAGUUCUCAAGCAUCCAUGGGGAGUAGGCAGUUUAUCUUCUAUGUAAAGUUUUACUUAUUUUAAAGCAAUGCAACCUCAUCACUGACUUUAAAGAGCUUGACUUCUCCUUUAUCCCAUUCAGGACGGAGCCAAUAGUACACGUUCUGAUUAAAACAAAAUGUAAACAAAAACUGGAAUUUGCGCUAUAUGUCUGUUCAACCAUAAUUCACCUCUUUCAUAUUAAGCGCACCCACACUUAUUAUAUAGCAUUUUAUUCAGGAGAAACAGGGCUUUAAUUUCUGAUGAACUAUUCAUAUAUGAAACAUAACUUAUUAUGAAUAAAAUAAACAAAGGCGAGAAAUUAAGAUUUUUUUUUUUAGAAAAUUUGUAGUUUCGCCUGACAUUUUAGCUGUAAAUGUCAUAAUACUGUUUGCUUUUAAUGCAAUAAAAUGCACAUAUUUGUAUUCAACAAAGUCUCACGAGUACAACACUACUCCCAUUAACAGAUUUUACUGUGUAUUGGAAAGUUACAGUGUCAAAUAUAGCACAUUCCAUUUUUCAUUUUUUUCACAUUAGAAUUUGCCAGAUUAGUAAUGUUACCUUUGAGACCGUGUGGUAGCCCAGGAAUGAGAAUUACCCCCAUGAUGGCAUACCAUUUGCAAAAGUAGACUACCCAAGGUAUUGCAAGUGGAGUAUGUCCAGUCUUUUUUAGUAGCCACUUAGUCACAAACACUGGCCAAAGUUAGCGUGAAUAUUUGUUUUUAGAAACAUAGAAACAUAGAAUGUGACGGCAGAUAAGAACCAUUCGGCCCAUCUAGUCUGCCCAAUUUUCUAAAUACUUUCAUUAGUCCCUAGCCUUAUCUUAUAGUUAGGAUAGCCUUAUGCCUAUCCCACGCAUGCUUAAACUCCUUUACUGUGUUAACCUCUACCACUUCAGCUGGAAGGCUAUUCCAUGCAUCCACUACCCUCUCAGUAAAGUAAUACUUCCUGAUAUUAUUUUUAAACCUUUGUCCCUCUAAUUUAAGACUAUGUCCUCUUGUUGUGGUAGUUUUUCUUCUUUUAAAUAUAGUCUCCUCCUUUACUGUGUUGAUUCCCUUUAUAUAUUUAAAUGUUUCUAUCAUAUCCCCCCUGUCUCGUCUUUCCUCCAAGCUAUACAUGUUAAGAUCCUUUAACCUUUCCUGGUAAGUUUUAUCCCGCAAUCCAUGAACCAGUUUAGUAGCCCUUCUCUGAACCCUCUCUAAGGUAUCAAUAUCCUUCUGAAGAUACGGUCUCCAGUACUGUGUACAAUACUCCAAGUGAGGUCUCACCAGUGUUCUGUAUAAUGGCAUGAGCACUUCCCUCUUUCUACUGCUAAUACCUCUCCCUAUGCAACCAAGCAUUCUGCUUUUUUGUGUGAAAAAAGUAAAAAAUAACAAAAUAUUUGGCCAGUGUCUGUGACUAAAUGGCUACUAAAAAUGACUGGACAUACCCCAUUUGUAAUACCUUGGGUUGUCUACUUUUGCAAAUGGUAUGCCAUCAUGGGGGUAAUUCUCAUUCCUGGGCUACCAUACAGUAUCAAAGGCAACAUUUCCAAACUGGCGAAUUUUAAUGUGAACAAAAUUAAAAAUGGAAUGACGGCAGGGGAGUGGUCCAGGGGGGGAGAGAUAUAUCUCGGUGUCUUUAGCGUACAGGUGGUAGUGGAAUUCAAAUGAGGUAAUAAGUUUGCCAAGAGAAGCAGUAUGAAGAGAAAAUAGAAGGGGACCAAGGACUGAGUCUUGGGAGACUCCAAACAAGACAGGAGGAGGGGAGAAGGUAUUAGAAAAGGACACACUGAUUGAGCGGUGGAAGAGAUAAGAAGAAAACCACGAGAGGCAGAGUCACAGAGACAGAGUGAUUGAAAAGUUUGAAGAAGGAGAGCAUGAUCAACGGUGUCAAAGGCAGCAGAGAGGUCAAGAAGAAUUAGUAUGGAGUAGUGGCCUUUGGAUUUAGCUGUGAUUAGGUCAUUUGUAACUAAAAUAAGAGCAGUUUCUUUAGAGUGGAUGAAGCGAAAGCCAAAUUGAAGAGGAUUGAGGAGGGAGUUGGAAUUUAGGAAGUGAGUCAUAUGAGUAAGACAAAUCUUUCUAGAAGUUUUGAGGAAAAAGGAAGCAGGGAUGUGGGGCGAUAGUUGGAAAGGGAAUAUAGGUCUAGGGAUGGCUUUUUCAGGAUGGGUCCGAAUGUAGCAUGCUUUAGGGGAGCAGGGACAACACCAGAUGAAAGAGAGCAGUUUAGGAUGUGUGUUAAGGAAGGCACAAGACAGGGGGAGAGAGAUCUGAUAAGGUGAAAUGGGACAGGAUCGAGCGGUCAAGUGGUGGGGUAUAGUUUGUAUACCUAGCUGCGAUUGUUCUGUCAGAGCAUACUAUGUAAACAUAUUUAACCCUUCACUGUACCCACACUUUUAUACAGUACUAUUCAAGGAAUAAAGAGAAUACCAGGUUGCGCCUAUUUAAACCAAAUACACCAUACCGAGGACUGGUACACCUAUGGAUCAAAAACCUAUUUGAGGAUUUGGAUUUUUUAUUUGUCCCUGUGUGUCUCAUUGUAUGUACUGGGUAUAGAAUGUUUCACUUUAUUUUGAUAGGUGCAACUUUGCAUUUUCUUUAUUUCUGUUUUAUCUGUUUUUGUGGGUAUAGAGGCACACUUAAUUUUGUAAUGUUUGCUGCCUGGCUGACUCCAUCACAGACUCAAGGCACCGUACCUAUUCUUGUUAUUUUUUACUAUCCAAUGGCAGACACAUAAUUGUAACCAGACAAGUUUGACGCACUGGAACAGAGGGAUUGAGGACUCUGCUCAAUGAGCUUACAUGCUAGGGGGAGAGGGGUAAGGAUCAUUCCAUUUUAAAUAUUGGGUCCUUAAAGAAAAUAUUAUCAUAGGCUGCCAUGAUAGGUUAACGGACUAGGAGCCUUCUAGUGACUAUUGCUCAUCUAUAGAUUCUGAUUGUUAUAUAGAUUCAGUUUUAUUGUUUUUAUCAUUCCUAAACAUGUAUCUUUUAUCCAACAGAAUGAAGCAUCAUUGGGAAUGGUUGGUGUGGUUGAUGACAUUGCUCAUUAUUGUAGCAGCCACAGAAGCCCACGGCAGUUUAGAUGAUGAUGAAAAGGAGGAGCUGCUGGACAACAUAGAAGAAGUUCACAGUGAAGAAUCCAAAAGUUAUCUAGAGGUGAGCUGUGUUUUGUAGUGCAUUUCACCUACUUCUACCAUCUACUAGGCAUUGCAUCCAUUUACUUCUAUGCAUUGAGGCUCAACAAAAUAUAAAGUGGGGAACUAUUGGACUAAAAUAAACACUAUAUAGUGUUAGGAAUAUGAAGCUGUAGUUCAAUGAGAUGAAGUGGUUAGGGUGCCUACAGUGUUCCAUUAAUUAAAUGUUUGGACACUUCCAAGUCUCUUCAUGAGGACUUAAUUAAGUUAAGAUGUGUAUCUUAACUUAUAUACACUAACACAUAUAAGCCUUUCUACCCGCAGUAUUUUCUUUCUUCAGUGAAGUGGUCUGGGUGCUUCUACUUAAUUGGGGCUUCAGGAAUGGUUGCCGAUCAUGAGGCAAUGAGUGCCACCUAAGAGGCUUAUGUGUGCCAUAAAAUGGCUAUGUCACCUUCAGGAGUCUUUGCCUAUUUUGCCCAAGUGAUCUUGUUAGGUCAAUGUUUUGUUUAACCAAUGAAAUUAACUAUUUAAAACAAAUAUUGAAUGUGCAUUAUAUGAAUUUAGUGUAUAUGGGGAAUGAUUUCCAUGUAUUAACCCUAGAUGGAUGUUAUAAUCCUCUGGGAUUUAUAGACCUUUGUAAAAAAUUUUAAGUCAUAGACAUGAACAAGCACACACAUAGUAACCAACACACACACACACAGGCAAACAUGCACACAAAGAAACAGGCAGGCUCACACAUGUGCACUAAGACACAGACAGGUACAGAUAGGCAUAGACAGGCACAUACUACAUGCAGUGCCAAAACAAACCAUCACUGGAUUAGAGCACAUAGCUAAGAAUGACUAACCUUCACAAAUCUUAUUGUCUGCCCACUCUCCUUUGACUGGCUGAGGCUUUUGGGACUAGCAGUACAACAUCAGAGAAGCCUGAGAUGUGAUGCUGGAUGAGAAUCAUUUAGGUCAUCAUAUUCAACCCUACAAUUUACGAUUUUUUUUUUAGAUAUAUUUAUUGUAUUUAUUAAUAGGGGAUAACAAUUCACAAGAAUUAUUGACAAACCUGAUUUGUACAAAAAAACAUAUUGUAUAAUAUUAUAUCAGGGGGUUUCCAUGCUAAGAAUAUCAAAAUUUAUAUACAGCCGUUUAUAUUAUUAUUAUUAUUGCCAUUUAUAUAGCGCCAACAGAUUCCGUAGCACUUUACAAUAUUAUGAAAGGGGAUUUAACUAUAAAUAGGACAAUUACAAAUAAACUUACAGGAACAAUAGGUUGAAGAGGACCCUGCUCAAUCGAGCUUACAGUUUAUACAUAGUCACAAUAAUGUUACCCCACUAUCCCUACUUUAGGCUCAGUUUAAUCACUAUUUUUUGUCUAGAACUUUGGUUUAUUUUAAUAAUAUAACCACUAACACAUAAUAAAGGGAAAAAAAAUAAACAUUGAGAAUUAAUAUUGGUAUUAAAGUUGCUGCAGAGGACAGCCAUAUGCUUAACACGAGUUGUCUUUUCUACGACCUUCCAAUGUGUAAUUAACCUCUCCUUUUAGACUAAUGCAUACAACCACUACAACAUCACAGAAAUAAAUUAAAUGAAAAGGUGUUUGCCAAUAUAACAGCUGUAAUAUACUCUGCAGCAUUUUAGUGUUUUCAGUUCCUGGUAAUAAUGGUCGACUUGGAAAACUGCUUGCCAGGGAUAUGUGCUAGCAAUUAAGAAUACAUAGCCUAACUUAUAAGUAAAGACAAAAAACAUUACUGGACUGCUUCUCACUCACUGAGUCCCUAAUGCCUCUGCUGGCAUAGACCUGCCCAGGCUACCCUGCUGGAUCAUGCAUCAUUUAUGGCUCUGCUGUCUAUUGAGCCACAUUAGUAAAUAUGCUGGGACUUCACUCUGGGAGACAGUCUACCAGUCUCCACCGCGGCCACCACAAUGUAAGUAAUCGCUGAAGUUCGGGCAUGUCAAGUAAUUUUGGAUCUGUGCAUAGCCUCGGUCCUUGACCAGCCCAGGACUUGCGGUUAAUAUUAUUAAAUGGAUUUUGUAGGCUGGGGGUUAUUUUAGGGCCCACACUUGUCCCCCACAUCCCAACUUCCCUGAUUGUUAUAUAAUGUUACAUUACUUGUCAUUUUUCUUAUACCUGUUCCCGAAAUAUAGAUUUUUUUUUAAAAUAUAUAUUUUGUUACUGUCUGUAUUAGAACAUGAUAUAUAGUUUUUUUGUGACAUUUCUGUUAAAUGUGUGCUAUUUGUUACACUUUAGGUUGCAUAUCAAAGUCCAGCUCCUAGUGGAGAUGUCUAUUUCACAGAAACGUUUGAUGCUGGAACACUGGAUGGGUAAGUGAUUGCUUACCAAAAUGAAAUACACCCGCGUCCAUGUUUAAUGGUGUCAUGUAAAUUAUCUAGUACAUGAAAUUAUGACAUUAGGCAGUAUUGUAUAUGGAUUGUUGCUUAGGGAUGGCAAAAUAAAAAGAAUACUACUUUGUUAUUAGGCUCUAAAUACCUUGGACUAGACUUUGAACACCAGGUUAGACAGAAUAUGAUUGUUCAGGCUGAUGAAACAUUGCUAGCAUUGCUUAGAAUAUAUAUCUAUCUCCCAACUGUCUUGGUUUUGGUGGGAUAGUUCUAAACUAAGACUCUAGUUUCACCAUUCCAGUUACCUGGUACCCCACGUUAGCAUAGUGUGAGUGUAUCUAAAAUAAAUGCUGUCAGGCAAUUAUGAGGGCAUUAAGCCCAUGCCCAGAGUGCUUCAAAGCAUGUGCUGCCCUGUGUGGGUCGGCCAGACAGGCUGUCAAUAAGUCUUGCAUGCGAACACUACUUCUGUGGGUGUUCCCCUCCCAUUUUCUCAGUACGCAGUGUUGGAAGAUAUCAAUAUAUAAGAACAUAUGAUUUACCUUACCAAAAUAUGCUUCUACAUUUUAAUGUAUACAGUUUCUUUGGAAACAAAAUUCCAAAAAUAAAUCUUUUAUUCAAAGCUAAUAGAUCUUUUUGAGGAGAGGGGAAAGUGCAGUAGAUUACUUGCUGUGUCGGGAAUAAUAGAUCAGGCAGAAUCAGUAGGUGGGCGAAGGAAGCAAAGUAUUUAUGUGAUGGAAACAAUCGAUCACUGGAAACUGUAAAUGCGUCUUGGCCUAGACUCCAUUAUCUGUGAGACUGCAAAAUGAAUAUUACCUUGUUGAGAUAUUUCUGGGAAAUGUCCUGCCAGUUCUAUUGAUAUUGAAGUGGAACUGAAUUUGUAACAGAGCAGAGGAAAUAAGUGAUAGAGUUUAUGAAACGAAAUUGAACUUUGCUUGGACAAAAAAAACAUACCCAUACUUAUAUUAUCCAGCUGAAUAAUGGAUUUGAAACCUAUUUUACAACUUGCAUAUUAAGUAGAAAAUAUUAAAUGGAUACUCCAAGAAUUAUAACCGCUAUAGUCCACUGUAGUGAUGAUGAGGUGAGAAAUGCCCUGGCGGUGUUCCCCAGUAAAGGGACAAACCAUUUUGGAAAUAUUUGCCCCCUUACCUGGGUCAUGCCAGGUGAUGAGUCUCCUGUGCUGCAGGGUAACAUGGAUACUGCUUCUCCAGAAGCCAGAUAUCGAUCCCCGCAGCCAUUUAAAGAGUUAAGCUCUCUUGGCCAAUUAAUAAAACUCUUGAUCCGGGCUGAAUAAUGACGCUGCCCGAGGGGGAGUUACACCUCCAGCAGCAAUGGGUUUAAACUCUGUAUUUUCAGCUUUUCAUAGCGAAAUCCUGCACAUUCAGAAUUCAAACGCCAUGACCAAUUCAAAUCACUGAAGUGAUAAUUUUGCUUGAAGUAAGCCUUGGUUUAAACUCUCAUACAUCUAUUCUUACAGGUAACCACCACAAGCUCCUACUUGCACACCGAUCCCCACAUUAUUCCUCACAAAGUAAUAUUAUCCUAAGAAAUAUUGUUUGCUUUAUUUGGGAUGUUAGGAUGUUAUUCUGUUCUUUCCUUGAAUAGUAAAUAUAAGAAUAUAUACUGUGAUGGUAGUGUGACACGAUACUAAAUGAGAACAGGGGAGCUUUGCAAUAGAAAUGAGCAGUCAGACUAUGGAAGACCACUGUAGCUGAUCUACAAAGACUGUUGGCUGUUAUAAAGUUACAACCCUUUUCAGCUGCCACAAAAAUGGAGAGUUCUCUCCAUCAACCAGCCAUCCGUAAGCUGAGCAAUCCCUUAAAUUGUUAAAUGCUGAGGAAAAUGUUGGCGCAAUAGAAAUGCCAAUAAUAAUAUUUUAUAGUAACUCCUAAAUAUUCUGCCACUCUGCAAAUAAAACCCCAAAACAAAUAAAAUAAGAUCUUUUAAGAUAUCUCUUACUGUUUUAGAGGAAAAAGGUGGAAACCUCAUUUUAUAUAUUUUGAUGACCUUUUUUUUUAUUUGUUAAUGCUUUACUAUUAAAGCAAAUGUUCCUGUCUAAUCAAUAACGUGUCCAGAGACAUAGAGAUACAAUACUAGUAAACAACCUCUAUCUUUAUCUUUUCUACAUAUUGACAUUUUUUGUUUGACACUUAUAUAUUGCCAGCUGGGUGCUCUCCAAAACCACAAAGGAAGAUGCUGAUGAAGAAAUUGCUAAGUACGAUGGUAAGGGAUUUUUACUUCAGUUGGUCAAGUUGUUAGUUUUUAAAUUUUUUGCAUGUUUUCUUAAGUGCUGAAUCUAUAGACUGAGUGGGAUAAUUUCCGCUAUGUUUCAUUUGUAUGUUGUGGUACUGAAAUCCCAACCAAAUGUAUAGAUUUAGAUUAAAGCAACACUUAACGUUAAGACUACACAACUGUAUUCUUAACGCCAUAGUGUCUCUCUGCCCUAAACUUAUUGUCCCGCCUGUUUCUAUGGACUGUUUGAAUGUGCACGCGGCUCUUGCCGCGCUGUGCAUUCCGUUCCACUCGGAGCAGAGUAAUGGUAACACACUGCCCUACACAUCACAUAAUGGUAAAACACUACCAUACACAUCAUAUAUUGGUAAACCACCAUACACAUAUUAUGGUAAAACACUACCAUACACAUCAUAUUAUGGUAAAACACUGCCCUUCACAUCAUAUAAUGGUAACACACUGCCCUACACAUGGUGUAAUGGUAACACAUUGCCCUACACAUCAUGUAAUGGUAACACACUGUCCUGCACGUCAUGUAAUGACAACACAAUACCAUAUAAUUAUGUAAUGAUAAAAAACUACCAUAAACAACAUAUAAUGGUAACACACAAACCUUCACAGCAUGUAAUGAUAAAACACUACUAUACACAUAUUGCAAUGGUAACACAAUGCCAUACACAUCAUGUAAUGGUAACACACUGCCCUACACAGCAUGUAAUGACAACACAGUACCAUAUAAUUAUGUAAUGAUAAAAAACUACCAUAAACAACAUAUAAUGGUAACACACAAACCUACACAUCAUGUAGUGAUAACACACUGCCCUACACAUCAUGUUAUGAUAAAACACUACCAUACACAUAUUGCAAUGGUAACACAAUGCCAUACACAUCAUGUAAUGGUAACACAAUGCCCUACACAUCAUGUAAUGGUAACACAAUUCCAUACACAUCAUGUAAUAGUAACACACAAACCUACACAUCGUGUAAUGGUGGUAGACUGUCCUACAUACAAUGUUAUUGUAACACAUUGUCCUAUAUAUUCUGUAAUAGUAACACAUUGUGGUGAGGAUAUCUUGUACAUUGGUUAGUCCCAUAACUUGUGUUAUACCCUAACUAUACUUGUGUUUUUUUACCCAGGGAGAUGGGAAGUGGAAGAGUUGAAAGAAAACAAAUUGUCAGGAGACAUGGGGCUGGUUCUGAAAUCUGUGGCAAGACACCAUGCCAUUUCAGCAAAACUGAACAAGCCUUUUAUAUUUGACAGUAAACCUCUCAUUAUUCAGUAAGUUUCCAAACUACAAUCCAUGUGCUGUGCUUGUUUUCAUUAGAUAUACCAAUCAUUGAACAUAUAUUGUGUUCUGGAGGGUUUAAUGAUCAAUUAUUCAAGUUACCAGACAGGUUACAAUAAAUACUAUGGUAAAUGUAAAACAGGAUAUCAAAACUAAAGGUUGACAGUAGUGGAAUUGCUGCUAUACUUUUCUAGCAUAGGCUUAAAAAGUGAUGAAUUUCUGCAAAUGGGACAGGGGAGGUGAGAAGAACACUAUGGGACGAUGAGGCGGGGAAAAAACACUAUGGGACGGUGAGGCGGGGAAAAAACACUAUGGGACGAUGAGGCGGGGAAAAAACACUAUGGGACGAUAAGGCGGGGAAAAAACACUAUGGGACGGUGAGGGGGGGAAAGAACACUAUGGGAUGUUUAGGGGGGGGAAAGAACACUAUUGGAUAGGGGAGGGGGGAAAGAACAUUAUGGGACAGGGGAGCAGAUUGCUACUGAACAUGCUGUUCAGUGUUACAUCUAUCAUUUCAUUUGUAACCUUUGUUUUUGAAUGUAUACCAUUUUUUUUAGCUCUACAACAGAUAUAUUCAUCACUUCUUCCGCCUCAAAAGUGUUCUGUUUCACUUCUAUAAAUACGAAUCGAUUUAAACCAAAACCACUGUAAAAGACACUUUUCAAAACUCUUUGAUAGAUCUUAACCAAUGUCCCACGUUAGCAAUUUGGCUAAUGUUGCUUUUGUUCAAAAAGUCUGAACUGAUAUUAUAAAUAAAUCAGAGACUAUUUUUAGGGGCCCCUUAAUAACAAACUUACUUCUAAACUGCUCCUCCUCUGCAAGAUCACCACUAAUAAGAAUCUCCCAGCCAAUGCAUUUCCUAGAGGAACAUUAUGGGAACAUUGGGAGCAUGUGUAGCAAUUGCCAUGAUCCACCGGCGAUGCUUCUUGUGAAGAAUGCAAUCCAAUCAAAGGAUUGAAACCAAUGGUUCUCUAUGAAAAGUCCUCACUUCAGUUUUGAAUGAGGAAGACAACCCUCCCGGUCGUCUGGCUAACAACUGGGGUGUUACCAAGGGUGUUUCUUGUGAAAACUGCACUUUUAAAAAAUAAGCGAAAGGGGAUAUGCUAUUAACCCUAAAGUACUUUAGGGGCUUGUCAAGUUCCUUUAAAGCUUCAUUCUGAGCACCUUUGCAACUUUUUAUUAUUGGAAAGGCGAUGGGGAAUUCUCAGCUCUGACAGUGGCUUAGAACUCUAGUUAUCUGUACUAUGCCUGCCCUCUGAGCUGUUAAUCAGACAGACUGCAUCUCUUUAAUGAGUGGAAUUGUUAUGAGAUAUGAAUAGAUCCACAGACCAAAAUGAGAGUCUCCUGAUUGGAGGUCUCUUACUCUUGUGUUUGUGGUUUUUAAUGCAUGGUCAGGGCUCAAAAUUUCAAGUUCUGUGCUACAUGCUAGGCUUUGUUACUCUCAACUUCAAGCCUAGAGCUAGCACACUCACCAGGGUGAUUUUCUACUCAAGGGCUGACUUUUCAUUCACCAGUGUGUAGUGGGCAGCUGGAAAUUUUGACCCCUGAUAAUGCUUAAGAAUACAUGGUCAUUUUUAUCUCAUAGUUUCCCUUUAAACCAAUACUGAGAGGUGAAUUAACCAGUUUUUGUUUUUUUUCUUUGAAUAAAUGUUAGUAAAAGUUCCUUUAUUGAUACUGAUUGAUUGGUUGUGUUCUCCCAACAUAUAUUUUAGUUCCUGUCAUUUCCAUUACAUUUAAAAAGCUUUAAAUGGUUCCAUAGUGUGUGAUACUUGUAAUCACAGGGCUCACUACCUGCACUUAAUAAUGUGUUUAAAAAUCAAUGUUUAAACAUUUGAGCAUUAACAUUUCAAAACAAAUAAUUAUACUUAUAUUAAAUGCCUUGAGACUAUCACAUGUUUUUCUGUUUGAUGGGAUUUAGCCAUAACCGUUGCUGAUCUAAUUUCUUUCUAUUCCAGAUAUGAAGUGAAUUUUCAAGAUGGGAUUGAUUGUGGUGGAGCUUACAUAAAACUACUUACUGAUCCACACUGUCAGAACCUGGUGUGUGAGGUUUUAAUAUUUGUUCUCUACUUCAGUGUUUGUUUCUCAAUUAAGGAAUCAUAAAAAAGGAUUGAGAAGGACUAAUUCCUAUAUGCAGUGGAAGGCAUGUGUUUUAAUAUUUAAUUGAUCAUUUUACCCCCUUUCUGUAUUCUAAAAUACAUAUCUAGUGCAGUAUAUUAUUUCUGUCUUAUAGCCUUUUAUGAAUUAAAAAAAACUAAGAAAAAACUACCUGCACACUAUUCCAAAUCCCUGUGCAUGUUUAUAAAUGGAGGUUUUUAGUUCCAUUCCAAUGGCCAUUAGAUGUAAGCCCACCUGCCCCGUCAAGUAGGGAUCGACCGAUUAUCGGUAUUCUCGGCAAUAUCGGUAUCGGCCAAUUCAGAUACCGAUAUUGCCGAUAAUACCUCCUAGGACUGCCAGGCUCAUUACAAGCCCGGCGGUCCUGGGGGGGGGGCAGAGAGCAAGCGCUUACUCACCUCCCAGCAGCUCCUCCAGCUCCCCAGUGUAACUCUCGCGAGACCCGCGGCCGUCAGAGCGUUGCCAUGGUAAAUGUACAGAAUAUCGGCAAAUUAUAUCGGCUAUCGGCCUGAAAGUUCACAGAAUAUCGGUAUCGGUAUCGGCUCUGAAAAAUCAAUAUCGGUCGAUCCCUACCGUCAAGGCAAACCUCUUGGGUGGGUCCUUCGCUUACAUCUAAUGGCCAUUGGAGUGGAACUAAAAACCUCCAUUUAUAUAAACAUGCACAGGGAUUUGGAAUAGUGUGCAGGUAACUCUUUUCUUUGGUUUUUAUUGUAUGUAUUUGGGCUGAUGUAUACUAUCGUCGUUGCUGCCACCCAGGAGUAGUGGGAGUUUGAGCGAAGGACUUAUUAUUGUGUAUUUGUAUGAUACCUUUCACAUUUCUCACAAUGUGGCAGCUACCAUUUGCCUACAACUAUAUAGUUUUUUGUUAUAUGUCUUUGUAGGAGGAGUUUCAUGACAGAACACCUUAUACGAUCAUGUUUGGUCCAGACAAGUGUGGAGAAGACUAUAAACUGCAUUUUAUCUUCAGGCAUAAAAACCCUAUCAUUGGAGACUAUGAUGAAAAACAUGCAAAGCGUCCUGAGGUUGAUUUAAAAAAGUACUUUAAUGACAAAAAGACACAUCUUUAUACACUUGGUAAGCUUAAUUUAUGUCAAUAAUAUUCUACAACCAGUGAUAAACCGUUAGGUUGUUAUCAGCUAUAUCUAUGUGCCCCAAUAUUUGUGUCCCCUCAUACAGUAUAUCACACCCGCACUUACGCAUGUCUCUUAAAGUAUAUAUCUGCAUAAUAUGUAUGCAUUUGUGUAUAUACAUGUACUUGAAUACAUGUGUGACUGACUUUGUGUGCACCUAUAUAAUCCACCGUAGCAGCUUGCUCACUAAGAGGUUCGUUGGUAGUCUAUCCUAAAUUAGUCUAUCUUUAAGUAGGAUUUUGUACCCACAGAAGUUAGAAAACACUUUGAAAUGUUGCAGUUGUUUUAGUGGGGCAAGUAUUAGGGUUAGCAAGAUUGGAAAUUUGAAUCAGUGCACAGUAUGCUGUAUGUAUGCCUGCCUGCACAAGUCUUUUCAGGGAACAUAAUGCUGUGGCAAAUGUGAGUAAAUGACUUCUCUGGAAACAUGGAUUGGAGAUCUAGAGAAGCAAAUGGUGACACUGAGGUGGUCGGACAACCUUGAAAAGGGCUUACUGCUCACUGAGCCAAGUUUAGUGGUGGCCGGUAGGGGAGUGGGAGAAGAUGAGAUAGCUGGGGAACAGGCAGGUAGCUGGGUGACAGUUGGGUGAGGUAACAGAGAGGGAGGGAAGAGUGCUGCCAGUCCUGAUUUUCUACACCACAGCUGAUUCGCCCGCUUGAGGGAAGAUAUUCAGAGAAUCAACUCAGAAGUGGCUGUGCUGGAGAAAGCUGCUCCUUCUAACAGCCAUGGGGAAUAACCCCUCUUUGAAUGGGAUGCAGAAUGGAGGAAAGCUAGGCAGGUUGUGGUGGUAAGGGAUUAUAUUAUAAAAAAAAGAGUAUAUAGGGUAAUCUGCCGCUCUGCUCGCACCAACCAGGCAGUUUGCUGUCUCCCAGAUGCUCGGGUGCAGCAUGUUGCUGACAGAGUGGGUGAAUUAUUGAAAGUGGCUGAUAAUGACCUGACUGUCAUGGUCUAUAUUUGUACCAAUGACAAAGUAAAAAAAAAAUGGAGGACCUUAAAGAAUGUGUUUUAAAGAAAGUGCACAUAAAAAGAUGCAUACAUAAUUAAAGUGCAUAUUGAGAAAAAGUUCUUAUCUCAAUGUGCAACAUUCUGAGCUAUUAAAAAUCCCAAAUUAAAUUAUUUGUGCCAUUUUUAACUUUACCACCCCAAAAUACUUAAUAGUUAAUAAUUUAUUGACUCUCCAUUCAGACCCUUUACCCUUCACCUCUUUUUCUGCUAUUUAAUGCAACUUUCUCUCUUUUUUUCCCCUUCUGUCUUUCUUAUAUUUGUCUCUUUCCAUCUUUCAAAAUUUGUUCCUGCAUAUAAUUCCCUUUAUCUCUGUGUUAUGAUUCCCCCCAUUCAGUUCCUUCUAUAUAUCUUUCCUCAUUCCUAAACGUUACGGGCUUGCAGCUUGAAAAACACAUAAUUGAGCACUUGAGCACUCAGUCAAUUUUCUGAUUGGCUGGGGAGUGCAACCAUCAGAAUCCAGUGUAGGAGCUGAGAUGUGAGCUUCGGUCUGCUCGGAUCUCCAUUUCACUGCCCCCAAACUAGGUAACGGUAUUUUAAAAGGUCAGGUGAUAUUAUAUUCUAAGAAUAGCUGUAGGCUGCUCAGUACAUUUUGGAGUUUAGGGUUAUAAGGUUAGAGAAGAAGAUUUAGCAAUACACGGCUAAAGGGUGAAACAUGUACAAUGUGGUUUUGAGACUAGCAGACAGAGGGCAAUGGAGUUCACAUGGCAGGGAUGUUUAUUUUCAGUUAUAUUGAGGCCUAAAAAGGUGUUUAAUUCUUAAGUUUUAAGUUCAUAUUUUGAUUUACUAAACUAAAUUCUGAUCCACUAGCAAUUCUUAUCCACAAUAUAUUUCCCAAACCAUUGCACUCCCCAUAAAAAAAAAAAGUGUUAAGUGAAUAAAAAUGCUGUAGCCUUUAAGACAAAUUUUAUAGAAAUUGUAAAAUAGUCGCAGCAUGCUCUCCUUUUACCCUUCUAAGCAAAUGAACAUAGAUACAUAGUUAUCAAAACAUCUGUAGUGAGUGAAGAAGCACCUCCUAACUAUUUAUUCACUUGUAAGACAUCUUUAAUAACUGUUUAAUUACUCUCUCAAAAAUUAGUUUUUCCAAAUCUCCAAAUACAGAGACAGGUGAUCUGUGACAUGCUUAGCAAGGCCGCUAAUGGUAGAUUUUCAGUGAUUUCUAAUUUAAAGGGACACUAUAGUCACCAAAUCACUACAGCUUAAUAUAGUGGUUUCGGUGUCUCUAAAACUGAACCAGGAAUAAACAAACUAAGAACACUAGGAUGGGUGGCAGCAAACCCCCAAGCAAACUAGAACAAGUCAAACAACAAAAUACAAGUAGCGCCAAGAAAAAUACUCCAAACACAAUAGUAUAUAAUAAUAAAAGAAAUAAGAGUAAUAAACACACAGGAUAUAAAAAGAGUCCACAAUAAAACUACCAAAUGGUACGGCACAGUCUCGAAGGUGGCAAUAGCUUUUCUAGCCCUGGUAUGGGACUUUCUUGGUAGCUUCGUUUAAUAGCAGUAUAUGAAAAGAAAGUAAAAACAGAGCCAAACCAAUAGUGCAAUAUGGUAGAGGCAAACCAAUAGUGCAAUAUGGUAGGACAAACGAUACUUAGAUAAGAGGUCAACUCACAUAUGGUAGAGCUAUAACCAGCUCUAGGUAAAACAGCAUGCAGUGGUAUACAAUCCCCACUUGCAGGAUAUCCCUCUGGUUUUGGUACACAGUAGAAUGAUAGUAAAUCACAACUGGAUAACGAAGAUCAUAUGGAAUGACAAAAAAGCAUCCAAUAGUGCUCUCUAUACAGAUAGGUAAUAACAAUAAGGUAAAUUAAAAUAUACUUACAAUAUAGUGAGCAGACUAACCACUCUAUGUAUAAAGCCUGGGUGGUAUAAUGCCCACAAGGAUUUCUUUGGUUGGUUGUCCAUGGUAGGUAAUAGGUCCAGAUGUCAGGUAAAAGUAUUAAAAUAAAUAAUAAUAAUAAGUUCUAAAAAUAUAUGACUAAAAAGCAGGUAGUGAGGUAGCCAAAAUACUUUAUUUAACAACAGCAUAAAAACCACAACGCUUUCUCUCCUUAGGGCUUUCUCAAGUGGUAAAAAGAAUAUGUCACAGAAAGUGUAUUGUGUGUAAAACUACCCAGGGGCUAGUGCAAAAUAAAACCACUAACUUCACUUCGAACAUCACUAAAAAAAACUUUAAUAUAAAUGUAUUACAUGUAAUUCUAGUAAUGUCAUUUAUCUAUAAUACGUAGGCAUGACCUCUAGAAGUCUAAAAACGCGAAUAUCAGAACAUUGUCGAAACAUAACAAAAGGAUACUUAAAUCACACUAUAUCAAAACAUUUUUAAAACAUCAAAAAAAACAGGAUGUUUAAAAUCUAUACUUUUUCAAACUCCCCCCCUCUAAUAUGGCUGUUUAAUUGUUUCAUACUCCCACCCCCCGCCCCCCAAUAUGGCUGUUAAAUUUUCUACUUAUGUUUUCACCUUCCAAUAUGGCCACCAUAUGCGACCAUUAUGCCAUGCAAUCUUCCUUCCUUAUAGGCUAAGCCCCUUCCUAUAAGUCCAGCCUUCUCUUUCUCUCUGAUGAUUUGAUUACAUCCCAUGCAAGCUAUAAUCCUGAAAUCUCGUGAUAUUGAGAUUGUCCAUAUUUUAAACUACAUGUCCCAUAAAGCAUAUAGCGCCUAUGCCGAGAUUUCUUUGUCAUACCGUUCAUUCCUAAACCCUCAUUUUUAAAAUCUAAUUAUACAGGCUACACUACUACACACAAUAUAUCGCUUAGACCUAAUAAAGUUUCUAUUGGGGGGGGGUGAUUUUCUUUCUUUCUUUUUUUUAUUAGCCAUGCAAUUGUGGUCAUGUGAUUAAUGACGUCAUUAUGGCGCCAAAAUAAAGUUUUUUAAAGCCUAUAUAAACCCAGUUAUGUCCGGUAUAUGUUUUUACCACUUGAGAAAGCCCUAAGGGGAGAAACGCAUUGUGGUCUUACUGUUGUUAAAUAAAGUAUUUUGGCUACCUCACUACCUGCCUUUUAGCCAUAUAUUUUUUAAAACUUAUUAUUAUUUAUUUUUAUACUUUCACCUGACAUCUGGACCCAUUAACUCCUGUGAACAACCAGCCAAAGAAAUCCUAAGUACCGUAUAUACUCGAAUAUAAGACGAGUUUUUCAGCACAUUUUUUGUGCUGAAAAACCCCAACUCGUCUUAUACUCGAGUCACUGUCUGUAUUAUGGCAACUUACAUUGCCAUAAUACAGACCAAGCCCGGCGGUCCUGUUGGGAGCUGGCAGAGAGCUGUUACUUACCUUUCCUGCAGCUCCUGUCAUCUCCCUUCACCUCCGUGCCGGUCAGCUCCCUUCUUCUCCACUGUAAGUCUUAUGAGAGCCGCGGGUAAGAGCGUUGUUACCAUGGCAACGCUCCGCGCGGCACUCAGACCGCAAGACUUACAAUGGAGGAGAAGGGAGCUGACAGGAGCUGCAAGAAAGGUAAGUAACAUCUCUCUGCCAGCCCCCCUCCUACGCAGCCCAUGCCACUGGACCACCAGGGAAUAAGAGCACCCCUCCCUGGCCAUGUAUCAAGCAGGGAGGGGGGACAAAAAAAUAUAAAUACAAAUUUAAAUAAUAAUAUAAUAAAAAAUGUAUAAUAUUAAAAUAAAACAAAAAUGAUACUAUUAAAAAAACACAAAAUGUAAUAUUAAAAUAAUAAUAAUAAUAAUUUAAAAAAAUAAUAAAAAUGCCAACCCCCCCACCAAGGUUACACACUUUGCAUCACACACACUGCAUUCAUACACACACCCUGCAUUCAUACACACACUGCAUUCAUUCACACACACUGCAUUCAUACAUACACACUGCACUCAUACACACACAUACGGUCCUGUUGGGAGCUGGCAGAGAGCUGUUACUUACCUUUCCUGCAGCUCCUGUCAUCUCCCUUCACCUCCGUGCCGGUCAGCUCCCUUCUUCUUCACUGUAAGUCUUGCAAGAGCCGCGGGUAAGAGCGUUGUAUUUCAUACACACACUGCAUUCACACACACACACACUGCAUUCACACACACACACUGCAUUCAUACACACACACUGCAUUCAUACACACCCACACUGCACUCAUACAUACACACUACACACACUGCAUUCAUACACACACACACACUGCAUUAUAUACACACACACUGCAUUCAUUAUAUACACAAAAUAAAUAUUCAAUUAAUGUAAUUUUUUGGGGAUCUAAUUUUAUUUAGAAAUUUACCAGUAGCUGCCGCAUUUCCCACCCUAGUCUUAUACUCGAGUCAAUAAGUUUUCCCAGUUUUGGGGGUAAAAUUAGGGGUCUCGACUUAUAUUCGGGUCGACUUAUACUAGAGUAUAUACGGUAUAUUUUUAUUUACCUUAUUGAUACUUAUCUAUCUAUUUAGAGAGCACUAUUGGCUGCUUUUUUUUCUUUCAUUACACAUGAUCUACCUUAUCGUUAUCCAGUUGUGAUUUACGAUCAUUCUACUGUGUGCCAAAACAGGGAUAUCCUGCAAGUGGGAAUUGUAUACCACUGCAUGCUGUUUUACCUAGAGCUGGUUGUAGUUCUACCAUAUGUGAGUUGACCUCUUAUCUAAGGGUCGCUUGUCCUACCGUGUACUACCAUGUUGCACUCUGUUUUUGCUUCCUUUUCAUAUACUGCCAUUAAGCGAAGUUACCCAGAAAGUCCUACCUGUCUCUUGCUCUCUCCUAUAGGGCAGUGCUUUACUCUCUCCUCCAGCUCUGCUUUACUCCCACCUUAUUUGAUUGAUAUUUCCUGUCCUAACGUGUUUUAUACCCCACUUCCUGCAGACUGUAAGCUUGUUUGAGCAGGGCCCUCUUCAACCUAUUUUUCCUGUAAGUUUUCUUGUAAUUGUCCUAUUUAUAGUUACAUAGUUACAUCCCCCCUUUCAUAAUACUGUAAAGCGCUAUGGAAUCUGUUAGCGCUAUAUAAAUGGCAAUAAUAAUAAUAAUACCAGAGCUAGAAGAUCUAUUGCUACCUUUUAGACUGUGCCGUACAAUUUGGUAAUUUUUAUUCCUUCAGGUUUUAUUGUGGACUCUUAUUAUAUUCUGUGUGUUUUUUUAUUGCUCUUAUUAUAUACUAUUGUGUUUGGAAUAUUUUUCUUGGUGCUACCUGUAUAUUGUUGUUUGACUUGUUCAAGUUUUGGUGUCUAUAGCCUGGCCCUGCAUGCUUCUCAAUGUAAACAGUGCCUUUGUACAGAAAAGACAGUGUUUACUGUUUACUCCACGCUCAGCAUGAAGACGCUAAUUGCUUCCUAUAGAAAUGCGUGAUUUAAAAAAAAAAAUGGAACAACUGCAGAGAAAAGCCAGGGAUACCAUUGUGACAUAUAUAUGCCCAGGAAACAAUGCUACUUUAAUUACAUGUCACUGUUUAAAUGGAUACGUUCAGGGGCGGAGCUUAACCACGGAGCCGAAUGGACGCCAUCAUCCACGGCUCCCCGGCACCAAGACACAAUCUGCCGCGCAUCUCAGGUAGGGGGGGCCAUCGAACCGCGGGACCCACAGCCACAAUCCCAGGGCUCACAGGGCUACCCACCGAUGCCCUUUUUAUACCCACAAUCGGGCAAAAAACGAAUCCGCAAAUCCCGGGCCUACCUCACUCUCCCGCCGGCAUCGCAGCUACCCGUGGGGAUCCCCCUGAGCCUGGAGGACUGGUGCGGACAGCGGGCAGGUCACCACUCACCCGACAACGAUAUGGGGAGGCGAACACAGAAGCCACAACAGGCAGCACCCAGGGACUCCCAAGAUAUUGGGACUCUGCUGCAACGCACAGCAGGCCACAAAAUGGCGGCCGAACAAGACCAGGAACCUGGCCCCACACACUCAGUACAGCUGUCCCAGGGAAGCAGCACAGACAUGAGAGCUGAAGCUCCCAGCAGCCCACAAGCAGAGGGGGAUGAAUCAGCCCCAGCCACUAAAAGGGACAUCAGACUCCUAUUACAGGAGAUGAAGGGGCUGUUUGACACCGACAUAAACUUAAUCCGCACAGAAACGCAGGCGGUGACGGCAAGAGUACAGGCCUCUGAAGAAGAUAUACUAGACCUCCGACAGGAGGUGAAGAGCAUGGGGGACGCCCUGAAACAUUUACAGACCGCGAACUCAGCGCUCCAAAACACGCUAGACGCCAUGGAAGAUCGCAACAGGCGCACACAUAUUAAGAUUCGGGGUAUCCCUGAUGCAGUGGGACCAUCCGAAUUACCACAGUACUUGAGGAGACUCACGGCCACAAUACUGCCACAUACACAAGCCAAAAAGCUGGAAUUUGACAGCCACUUCCGCAUUAACAAAGCAAAAAGGGCACCCACAACGGCCCCAAGGUACGUCAUCGUCCGCUGCCAUUCCACGACAGACAAACGCCGCAUACUAGCAGCAGUGAGAGACAAGACACCCUUGGCCUUCGAAGCCUCACAACUUACCUUCUUCCAAGAUAUCACGCGGAGCACCCUACUCUGGAGAAAGUCCUUGAGCAACAUCACGGAACAACUGCAGAAGGGGAACGUAGAAUACAGAUGGCUGUUGCCAAGAACCCUGGCGGUAUUCAGCGGAGAAGAGGUUCUAAAACUCACCUCCCUCUCGGAGGCCCCAGCGCUUCUCCAAAAAUUGGGACUAACUCAGAACACCCCAACACCAGGACCAACGCAAGCCACCCACUCAUGGGACCCGGACAGAAUAGUACCAUACGUCCCUAGGAGCAACAAGAGACCGGAGGCAGAGACCUGAACACCUUAAACUGUUUACCUCUUAAUUUUAUUUCCAUGCUCUGAUAUUCUCUCCUCUAAUCUGAUCUCACCCUAUUGCUCUACCAAAAUACGAUAUUUUACUAUUAACUCCCCAUACAAAGUCGGAGACGAUCUCCCAACCCCCGCGACCCUCUUAGGUUAAGGGCCAACACUACCUACUAACCCAAGCAUAGCAAGCGCGACACAAAACCCACACUCAGGCACAGACAGACGCACAUAUACAAUUUUCACCAACGACGAACAACAGCACUUUACAAUCACCAACACCCUCCCUCAAACCACAGAGAGGAGUGCCACUUAACCACUCACAGGACCCAAGCAACAUAGACACAAUCACUCACAACCAGCUCACCCUAUGGGAACCUACCGCAUGGGCACACUCGACACAUUAGAAAACCAGAAAAAGUGCAGAAACAUGACCACAAGUUCUUCCUGACUACUAGGACGCAAGCUAAUCCCUCCGACCAUAGAACAAAAUGACUCAUACUAUAUACUUGCUGCCAAUCCUAUGCUCCUGAUAUGUUAUAAGUGUAAAUUGUAUAGACUGAUCCAGACCCUUGGCAAAACAAUUGUUAUUUACUAAUAGGCCUAUGUUGAAAAGGCAGCUCAAGUAUGUUAUGCUUUGUCACAUGUCUCAAUGCACAGAAAAUAAAGAAUUUAAAUGGAUACGUUCAAGCAUAUGGUCCAGUUAAAUUCCAGAUGUUCUCAUGCAGGAUAAUCUCAUGUGGAAUUAACAGCCCAUUGACUUUUUGUUCCACUUAGUUGUGAAGCCAGACAACACAUUUGAAAUGCUUAUUGAUCAGACUGUUGUCAGCCAAGGAAGUUUGUUGGAAGACGUGAUCCCACCACUUAACCCUCCCAAAGAAAUUGAUGAUCCUAAAGACAAAAAGCCAAAAGAGUGGGAUGAAAGGGCAAAAAUUCCUGAUCCUAAUGUGGUAGAACCCGAAGAUUGGUAAGAAUUAUUAACAGAUGUGAGCUUUAAUAACUCAGUAGCAGAUAUAUUUGGAAGAAUCAUUUGGACUGUCAGUUGUUUAAUUUGACGCAAUGUGUGAUGAUUGUAUGCAUUUUAUUUGCAAACUCCAACUGUCUCUCCCACAUACUUACAUCAAAUAUUAUGUACUGUCUUCCGUCAUCCAAAGGGGAGUCGUUAUUUUUCUACUUACUCUAACAACAUGGCAUUUUAUUGACCUACACUCUACUGUCCCUGUCUAUUCUCUUUCACCUACCAACUUAUUGAAUUUUCUCUUUACCAAGGUCAAGUAACCUAAUUUACCAUUUACGUGAGCUCCAUGUUAUCUCUCCUUGCAUCUUGCUAACAUAUUUUCUGUUAUAUUUAAAGGGACACUAUAGGCACCCAGACCAGAUCAGCUCAUUGAAGUGGUUAUUGAGAAACUGCAAUAAUUACCUGCUAGGGUUAACUCCACCUCUAGUGGCUGUCUAGAGGGACUUCCGGGAUGUUACUUUUGGUCAUCUAACUGACGCUGGAUGUCCUCACAUUAUGCAUGAGGAUGUCCAGCGUCACCUGAAACCCGAUAUGAAAGCAUUGUGUAAUGUUUUCCUAUGGGGGAAAUCCAAUUGCGUGUGCGGCCAUUGCCGCACAUGCGCAUUAGGUCUCUCCCACCAGUGGGGGAAAAGCAGAGGCCUAUUCCGAGCCAGUGCCCGUGCUGGACUCAGGUAAGUGACAGAAGUGGUUUUUAACCCCUUUCUCACCACUGGGCGGGAGGGGGCCUCUAUAGGAAGCUAUAGUGCCAGGAAAACAACUUUAAGAAUUGAGUUAAUGUCACCCUCUCUUUUUGACUUAGCUUGGUGUUUUUAAUUUGAGAUAUUUAAUGCCCCUAUUGUUGAGAUUAAUAGCUUCCACUGAUAGCAGAAAUACACUGUAAAAGUUGUCACCAGCUAAGAACUUUUCUGCCAGUGUUGAUUUCUACAUGGCAGAUCAGCAUGGAAGGAAAAAAAUAAUUUAAACAAUUAUCAGCUAUCUAGUGCUUGAAACUUCUCAUUCCAACCAACUUUGGGAAACAUAUGUAGUGGGAUCUAAAAAUCCCCUAUAAAACCAGUUGGCCCCUGUACAUGACCCCCUCUUGGAAAACAAUAAACAAAAGUGCAAAAUAAGCACUGCUUGCCAGGUCCCUGACUCAAGACAAACAAAUGGGUGGCUAGUGCACCUCUGACUGACCAGGUGGGCUUGGCAAGUAGCUUUCCUCUUCCUUAAAGGGAUACAUUAAAUUAACAGGUAGGGGUUCAUCAUUUCAUUUCUGCUCCUUCUGUCAUCCCACAUGCCAAAUCCUCACACUUAGGGCUAAUUUCCAAGGCACUACUUGCUUAAAAAACUGCUGCGAACAUAGGGACUAUUUCGAAACUUCUAAAUCCUACCAUUAUCAACCCAAAGGUCCUGGCUGAUGAAACCUUUAACAGCUCCCAUAGGGUGUAAUAGGAGUUGAUAAACACUAGAUACCAAGUAGUUUCCAGACUAGUCACACAAUUUUUAUUUUCAUUUAUUGGUUUGCCCUUUAUAGCACUGUAUCUGCUUCAUCUAAUUAAUCUGGUUAUAGAGUCCCCUGUUGCCAUCAUUUCAUUCAGUAUUAAAUGUCUUAAUGGUUUUAUGUUGCAAUACUAAAAGAGAGUCGACAGCAGCCCAUUCCCUCUCGGCUGCUUUGGCAAAUGAGAAAGUAUUAGCCUGAGCAUUCUGGUCUGUCGCAGUUCCGGCACUAUAUAAGGUAGUCAGAGCACAGAGAUUUUUCCCAGCCUACAAAAAAAACCACAGCAACUACCCCACACAUGCUCCCAGACACAUAUAUUCACACACACAUGCUCAUGCACAGGUACAGAAUGCCAGAGACACAGAUGCACACACAACACUCAGCCAUUACAUCUGGGAAAAGCCCACGUUCUUCUCAUAGGUGAAAAAAAGGUUUGUUACAGAUUUUAAGGUGACUCUAAACUGCUCUUCUAAAAUAUGUCUGAAAUUCCUUAUUUUAUUUUACUGUCACCAAGAUAUUAGUAUUUAUUGUUAUAAUUUGUUUUUGUUUAUAUGUCACAGGGAUGAGGGCGGACCAGCUCAGAUAGAAGAUGUGAAUGCUGAAAAGCCAGAGGGAUGGCUGGAUGAAGAACCCAAAAUCAUACCUGAUCCAAGUGCACAAAGGCCACUUGACUGGUGAGAAACCUUUUGUCUGGUAUUAUUAUUUACAAUUACACAGAUAAGUUUAGUAAUCUGCAGUCACAUGAAUAAAUGCUUACCUUCCAAAUCACCUGCAGUAGUGUUACUCUACAUAGUUUAUCUCUUAAUAAAGAAACACUGCUGGCAGAAAGACCAUUUCAUCUCAUUGAAGUGGUUUGUGUGCAGCGUCACUAUCACACUUAAUCUUGCAAUGUAAAUUAUUGAAAUUUUGAGAAAUCAGACAGCCACUAGGGGCACUUAUUGAGUCUUAACAGGCUUUUGGUCGCCUAACUGACGUGGGACGUCCUCACGCUCUGCAUGAGGACAUCCAGAGUCAGUAAAAUACCCAUAGGAAAGCAUUGAUGCAGUGCAUUCCUAUAGGGAGGGCCUAAUACGCUCGCAACACAUGCGCCGACCGAGCGCCGAUGGACAUUGGCGCUGGAAUCAGGUAAGUGACUGAAGGGUUUUUGCAACCCUUUAGCUGCCUGCGGGGGUAACCAGAGGGCUCUACAAUGUUAGGAAUACAUAUUUGUAUUUAUAACACUAUAGAAUCCUUUUAAUUCUACACGACAUGCCAGGACAGUCACAGAAAACUGUCUCUUGAGGGUUCCUUCACAUCAUUCUAAAUGUCUCAAGGAAAAAGGGUGCCCUCACAUAAUUCUAAAUGUCAACAUGGGACUGGAAUUAUCUGUACCAGCAACCACUUUGUAAAAAAUCACUGACACAGAUUGAACUGUAAUUUUGUGGUACGCAGUGCAGAGAUGACCGGAAAAAGCUUUACCAACUGCUGUAGAAAUACAGCUCCCAGGUGCAGCGCUGCCUUUUAAACUGGCAAUUUACCUAUUAGCCAUCUUUUGUUUAGCACCUGUCCUGUGAAAUGUCUGUCUCUCAGUGUUGACGACAUAUGACCACUGUCCCAUUUUGCACAUGCUAGAUUUCAUUAUGUGAAAAAUGCUGAAAUUCUGUGUGAGACUAUUCCCUUUAGAACACUGAAUAGUUCAACUGUUUCCCUAAACAAUACACCUGCAGUUUUAACACCAACAUUUAAGCUGUAUAAACUUACUUUUUAAAAUACCAAAAGUCACUUCUAUUUAUAACUGGCACAUACUGCUCAAUAUGCAAUUAAUCUAAUAUCAAUCACUCUUUCAGCUGCAUGUUUUUCUUUGUGAUUUAAUUAUUUAAAGUCCUUUUCAUGCAGAGUUUUUUUUAUCUUCUCUAAAUGUGUUAUAGGAUUAAAUCAAUGACCUACUAUUAGCCAAACCAUACAGGGAGGGAAAUGGUGAAAACGUUUGGAAGAGUUUGUGAGAUUGCAACAAAAAUAGUUUAGUAAAACACUUUAAUGGGUAUCUGUGACAUAGAUAAAAUGCAGCAAUAAUUUAUCUUUGCUAAAUCAGACAUUCUUUUCAAAGGGAGAACAUUUAUAAAACACACACCCUACAGGCUAGAAUUGUUUAUUUUCUUUAUUCUCAUAAUCACUUUGUUGUAUUCAUUUUAAAUGUUAAAAAAAGCAACGUAGGUACAUAAACCAAAUGAUGGAGAGACAUAUAGACUGAUAAUCAGUGUUCAACAAAACUGCUAAAGGUCUCAGAUAAACAUAAGAAUUAAUAAGGAAAAAAGAACACAAACGAUAGAUGUUAGCAUCAACUCGGCCUAUGUACCAUGCAGAAUCGUAAACAUGAAAAAGGUCAUUGGAGUGGAUGAGCGAGUGGAAGCUGUGCAUCUAUACGUCAGCAUAGAUUUCAAAGUAGUCCUUACUAAUAAGUAUUAAAGGGACACUAUAGUCACCAUAACAACUACAGCUUACUGGAUUUGUUCUGGAGAGUAGAAUCAUUACCUUCAGGCUUUUUAUUGUAAACACUGAGUUUUCAAAGAAAAUGCAGUGUUUACAUUACAGCCUAGUGAUAACUUCACUGGUCACUCCUUAGAUGGCUGUUAGAGAUCCUUCCUGGGUCAUGGCUGCCUAAAAUGCAUCCAAACCAGUAUUUCCUCCCUCUGCAUGCAGACACUGAACUUUCCUCAUAGAGAUUCAUUGAUUCAAUUCAUCUCUAUGAGGAGAUGCUGAUUGGCCAGGGCUGUGUUUGAAUCAUGCUGGCUCUGCCCCUGAUCUGUCUCCUUGUCAGUCUCAGCCAAUCCUAUGGGGAAGCAUUGUGAUUGGAUCAGGCUACCACUUCUGAUGAUGUCAGCAGACUUCUUGUUUUUUUGAAGCAAACAGCAUGCAGAGCUACUGCUUCAGGCUUGAAUACAGUAAGAUUUUGUUAUAUUUAUGGAGGCAUUAAGGGCCCAGGGGGGCUAGAUGGUGGUUUUAACACUAUAGGGUCAGGAAUACAUGUUUGUGAUCCUUUAAGCUGCUGCCCUCCUCCAUUAAAAUAAACUCAGGACACUCCAAUAUAAAGUGGAAGCCUAUUGUAUGCAGAAACAUAUCUCAUAGUUUUGUACAGUAAACAAUCAAAUGUGACAAAACAGGUUUGACAUAAAGAAAAUAAAAAGGUGAGAAAGAUCCUGCUCAAGUGUCAAAUGUAACAUCUUGUUUUUGGCAGGAACGAUGACAUGGAUGGAGAAUGGGAGGCACCAUUUAUUCCCAACCCUAAAUGCGAGUCUGCUCCUGGAUGUGGAGAGUGGCAACAACCAAUGAUUGAUAACCCGGAAUACAGAGGAAAAUGGAAGCCUCCAUUGAUUGAAAAUCCCAAUUACCAGGUCAUUUCACCUGCACAAAAAUAUGAUUAAAUUUGCUGCUGUUCAUCCAAAUCAUAGAAAUAAUUUAAACCCUUCACUCCUGACAAUUUGUACAGAUAGGCCUGCUUUGUUUUGCAUUAUAUUGUAUAGGUAAAGAUUUAUUUAUCUUUCUAUCCACUCCUGCUCUGGUUCCCACCUGACAGAGAAGUGUAUUGCUCGUCUGCGCUUUGAUCAGUACAUGUAAAUGCCAAGCACUAACACAUCCCACAUUGUGCUUGAGCCUACACUGUUCAGUUUUCAAAGUGCUGCUGAAUAGCAGCUAGGAAAACAUGAAGUCAGGAGAUAAUUCUGGUACACAGCAGGGCAUGUUAGAAGGCUACAAUACUUUUUGGAAUAAAAAGACCUGGUUUUCAUCAGGGAACAGUAUUUACUGUGUGCUGCUUUUUAAGCAUAUUCAGUCUGAGAAUUUACACUCUGAAGGAAUUUGGGGAAUAUGAAUUAAAAAAACAUCCAGCAGAUUCUGUUCAAAUACACAUGAACAAAGUAUUUUCCCAUUUUAGUUGUAUUUUAGUUUUCCACUAGAUGUCAUGAAGAAAAUUGUCAUUUUGGGCUUAUUAUUCUAUAAUUAUAAAUGAUUAUGUCAAGUUAAGCGCUAUAUAUGUCUCAAAUAUGUUAUGAAUAAAUUUCACUCUCAAAGUAUUUAAAAACAAUUUAAAGAAAAAGGUUUUUCAGGUUUUCGAAAUAUAUAAAUAUUUUAAAAGUUUGUCCAAAAGUAUUAAAUCAUUUUAAACGCUUAUCGAAGAGUCCAACGGUAUUAAAUUGAGGGUAGGGUAUGAAAAUGAAAGACAACCAAGUGUCUCGCUUCAUGUAUUGCCUGACAGCAUGUGGAAUUGAUAUAGAUAUAUAUAUAUAUAUAUAUCUGGCAACUCUACCUCUACUCCAAAGGGAAAAAACUAUACAGCAGGUUCUCAGCUCAGUGUUCUCAGCUAGUAUCCGUAUUUAUGGGCUCCAAUAUACAAUGUGUGUGCGCAUUUUAGCUUGCUAUUAAAAGUUCGAAACAUUUUGUAGUUUAAUGCCUUUCCAUAUAAUCAGCAAAGGGAAACAAUUUAUAAAGAUCACAGAUCUGUAUUUCUCUCAUCUCUGUUUUAACUAGAACACAUCAUUUUUUUUGUAUUCUAUAGGGCAUCUGGAAACCACGAAAAAUACCAAACCCACAUUAUUUUGAAGAUCUGAAUCCAUUUAAAAUGUCGCCUUUCAGCGCUAUUGGCCUAGAGUUAUGGUCGAUGACUUCUGACAUCUACUUUGACAAUUUCAUCAUCUGUUCCGACAAGGAGGUGGCCGAUCGCUGGGCAUCAGAUAGCUGGGGUCUGAAGAAACUGGUAGCUAGUGCUAAUGAGGUAGGAUCAAGAUAACAUAGGGAUUUUCAUUAGGUGGACAUGGCAAAAGUUUGGAGUAAUUAUAAUUUUUUAUUUUUUUUAUAUCUAAUCUUAAAACUGGGGUGUUUGUCUUCCUUAAUCCUCAACUUAAUGCGUACAUAGAUUCUGGUGGGGCUCCUGAGAAUAUUCAAACUUCAGAAGAUAGACAGUAGAUACUCCUAUACAUUCAUUACUCCUCAAAUGUUUCUCCUUGUAUGAGCCCGCUAAAAUUACUAUCCUGUCAAAAUGUAAAGUGUAAUCAGUCAAUCACUGCAAAUUCACUGCUUGCAGUGCUACUUACUGAGUCAAUAUAUUUAAUUUAUGCAGUGAUCUACUAAGCAAAACAACAACAUUUAAAAAGGGCUAGUAUUGUAAGGUUACAUCAUUUACCUGAAUAGUCUUGUUCCAGGAUACUCAGUAGCAAAAUGGAUUUGAUCAAGCUUAAAAAAUUGAUUUAUGGUUUUCCCAAUGCAGGAAGAUAGUGUAAAGUUAGCUGUAUGUAAGUUAACACAUUGCAGAUCAUGCAUCACUUUUGCACCAAGCAGUCUGAUGUACACCCAUCCUAGUGUAAUUUCUGAUGCUGAACGCUCCGCACCCGCAUCCUUCUAUCCCUACCAUACUUUAAAACGAUGACGUGGAAAAUUGUGCUUCGUUCCUUUAGAACUGUACGUGCAUGUUUUCUGUGAGCAGGAAUGAUGCAGAGCUUUUUGCCUUGCUGUGGUAAAACUCUUGUCCCAAUAGCACAUUUUUUGGUUUGCCAGUAUUUAACUUGGCUUUCCUUGACCUUUCUCAUUUAUGGUAUCCUUGACCUGGCUUUGUCUUUUGCUUAUCUGAUCUCUGGUUCCCUCUGACUUUGGCUUGUAUUUGACUUCUCUGUUAUCAUUUGCUCCUUUGUACAUAUGGUAAGCCCAGAUAUUCCAAGAACCGUUGUCAUUCGCUCUUUUGUACAUAUGGUAAACCCAGAUAUUCCAAGAACCGUUGUCAUUCGCUCUUUUGUACAUAUGGUAAGCCUAGCUAUUCCAAGAACCAGUAAUACAUUACAGUGUUUCCCCUGUCCAUCCACAGUGGGUUUAUACUUUACAUCUUGAGGCAUAUACGAUGACAGAUUUGUAAUUUGCUCUAGGUGUAUAAUCACAACUGAGAUGGGUUUAAAUUCUAUAGCUUGGAAAAAUACCAGUUCAGUUGUUUUUUUUCUAGCAUAUAAAUUGAAGGCAGGUUAGCUGUGAUUAUUGAAUUGUAGAUCAUCUCUCCGUGAGAUAGAUGCUUAAUUGAACCAGUUUUAUUUCUUGUUUAACCAGCCAGGUAUGUUGAACCAGCUCCUGACUGCUGCAGAAGAGAGACCGUGGCUCUGGGUUCUCUAUGUUUUGACGGCUGCUCUGCCUGUGGGCUUAUUAGUACUAUUCUGCUGGCCCAGAAAGGUAAGGAGAGUUUAUUUGUUACUGUUUUUUCAUGCUUUAAAGUUAUAGACAGCGUGUCUCUGCUGACCAUAACAUAUAUUUAAAGGGACUCUUUAGUCACCAAAACAACUUAAGCUUAAUAAAGCAGUUUUAGUGUAUAGAUUAGGCAUAGGCAACCUUCGGCACUCCAGAUGUUUUGGACUACAACUCCCUUGAUGCUUUGCCAGCAUUAUGGGUGUAAGAGCAUUAUGGGGAUUUAGUCCACAACAUCUGGAGUGCCAAAGGUUGCCCAUCCCUGGUAUAGAUCAUGCCUAUGCAGUCUCACUACUUAAAGGACCACUAUAGUGCCAGGAAAACAUACUCGUUUUCCUGGCACUAUAGUACCCUGAGGGUGCCCCCACCCUCAGGGUCCCCCUCCCGCCCGGCUCUGGAAGGGGGAAAGGGGUAAAAACUUACCUUUUUCCAGCGCUGGGCGGGGAGCUCUCUGCCUCCGAUCCUCCUCCUCUCCUCCCCGCCGGCUGAAUGCGCACGCGCGGCAAGAGCUGCGCGCGCAUUCAGCCGGUCGCAUAGGAAAGCAUUAUCAAUGCUUUCCUAUGGACGCUUGCGUGCUGUCACUGUGAUUUUCACAGUGAGAAUCACGCAAGCGCCUAUAGCGGCUGUCAAUGAGACAGCCACUAGAGGAUUUGGGGGAAGGCUUAACCCAUUGAUAAACAUAGCAGUUUCUCUGAAACUGCUAUGUUUAUAAAAGAAUGGGUUAAGCCUAGCUGGACCUGGCACCCAGACCACUUCAUUAAGCUGAAGUGGUCUGGGUGCCUGGAGUGGUCCUUUAAUUCACUGCUAUUUAGGAGUUAAAUCAGAUUUGUUUCUGCCUGCAUGAAAACAAAAUGGUUUCAUUUUCAAUCAGAUGUAACUUACUUUAAAAAUGUUUAGUUCCUGUUCUGUAAAUUGAACUUUAAUCACAUACAGGAGGUUCCUGCAGGGUCUGGCAAGCUAUUAACAGAACACGAGAUAGGAAAUUCUAAAUUAAACAGUAUUUACAAUAAGACGUGUAAUCAUUAGAUGACUCUUUACAGGAAGUGUUUAGGAAGGCUGUGCAAGUCACAUGCAAUGAGGUGUGACUAGGGCUGCAUAAACAAAGGGAUUUAACUCCUAAAUGACAGAUAAUUUAGCAGUGAGACUGUAGGGGCAUGAUCUAUACACCAAAACUGCUUCAUUAAGCUAAAGUUGUUCUGCUGACUAUACUGUCCGUUUAACAAAGAGAAUGGAUGAUACUUUUUUCUUCUAUUAUUAUGCAAGAACUUUGUAACUACUAAUUUGAUUUACUAUCAGGAAACAUCAGCAUCUGAUGUGGAUGUUCUAUUAACCAAAGUUAAUAGUCAAAAUACAUACAUAUAUAUAUAAAUAUGAACUCAAGUGGGAUGUACUCACCUAAACAUGCAUGUUUAUAAGGGUGCUACUGAGGCCAAUCCAUACAACACACACGAUCCAGUGCACUCACUUAUUCUCUGAAAAGGCAGUGCUUGCAUUAAAAUGCCUGAAGGCAAUGAAUAUACUAACCAAAACAACCACAUUAAGCUGUAGUUGUUGUGGUGACUAUAGUGUCCCUUUAAAAUGUGCAUGUAUCAUACCUUUUUAAGUUACUGAAGGAUUUACCAUAACUCAUAUUUGUACAGAAAAUCGAAGAGGAGGACAUGGAAGACAUAGAUUUCAAAAUGGACGAUUUCUUGGAUCCCAGUGAAAAAGAAUUUGAGCUAAAGAAAGAUACAAGGGAGAAUGCUGAGACUUAUGAAGAGGAAACUGGAAAAGUAAUGACAGAGGAAGGUGAGAUAAAUAUUUGCAAUUAUAGAGCUAUUUCUUCCAUUAGAUAUAGGUAAUUUGCAUAAGAAAGUGUCUUAACGAUGGACUAAAAAUGCAAAACCGUUCUUAAUUGAGCACAUGCCUGAUUUUCACUAGUAAUAAGGAAUAGAAUAAAUGUAAGCAAGUCCUAUGAAUGUCCCCUUUAAUUCUUACGCAUUUCAAGAUAAGAGUUCCUACACCUAGAAUGUUUUAACUGGAGACCACUACAUAAAACUAAAAUACACACACAAUAAUAAUUCCAUGGAUUACUGAAUACCAUUACAUGUAGCACAAGAUUUUGCAUAUUCAUUAACACCUCAAAAAGGCCUAUUAUUUAAGAUGUGGUUAGGAAAAUGGUAGUUUUUCCCAGAAAAACUUAUAUUGAGUGGUUUAGUUACAUUUCGCUCCUCAUUCAUCAUGCUAAUUUAUUAAUAUGUUUAGAAAACAUUACUUUAUAUUUUCAGAACCGGUAAAAUAACUCCCAGAAAUUUGAUUACAGUUAUUUAUUGUAUUUAUUUGUAUUUAAUCAGGAUUUGAAGAAGAUGAAGAGAGCGAAGAAGAAGGCGAAGUCAGUCAAGAGGACGAACAGGAUAGUGCUAUAGAAAACCAGUCUUCGGAUGACGAAGUAAGUUUGACUUACAUACUGGAAGUACUGCGGUGGCAGGGGUCGCAGCUGUUAGUGCCAUCCGAUGGAAAUUCAUUUCCAGGAGGCCCAGUCAGCUCUGCGGCGCUUUAACAUAGUGAACGGGCCCCCUGUGAUAACAUCAGAGCUGGGAGGAAGUGACUGCUCCGGUCACUUCCUCCCAGCAACCACUGGGAGCCACGCGGGAGGAAGGAGAGGAGGGAGUCAGAGUGGGAACUCUGACUCCCAUCAGGCUGAGCCACUGGACCCAAGGGAAAGUCACCCUCCUGCACUUAAAAGGUAGGAAACAGGAGGGUAACUAAAACAUUUUGUAUAUGUGUGUGUUUUUGUAUUUGUAUGUGUCUGUAUGAAUGUUUCUCUGUAUGUGUGUAUGUACACUGAGCAAAAUUAUAAACGCAACACUUGUUUUUGCUCCCAUUUUUCAUGAGCUGAAUUUAAAGAUCUAAAACUUUUUCCAUGUACACAAAAGGCCUAUUUCUCUCAAAUAUUGUUCACAAAUCUGUCUAAAUCUGUGUUAGUGAGCACUUCUUCUUUGCCGAGAUAAUCCAUCCACCUUACAGGUGUGGCAUAUCAAGAUGCUGAUUAGACAGCAUGAUUAUUGCACAGAUGUGCCUUAGGCUGGCCACAAUAAAAGGCAACUCUAAAAUGUGCAGUUUUAUCACACAGCACAAUACCACAGAUGUCGCAAGUUUUAAGGGAGCGUGCAAUUGGCAUGCUGACUGCAGGAAUGUCCACCAGAGCUGUUGCACGUGAAUUGAAUGUUCAUUUCUCUACCAUAAGUCUUCUCCAAAGGCGUUUCAGAGAAUUUGGCAGUACAUCCAACCGGCCUCAAAACCGCAGACCACGUGUAACCACACCAGCCCAGGACCUCCACAUCCAGCAUCUUCACCUCCAAGAUUGUCUGAGACCAGCCACCCGUACAGCUGCUGCAGCAAUCGGUUUGCAUAACCAAAGAAUUUCUGCACAGUCAGAAACCGUCUCAGGGAAGCUCAUCUGCAUGCUCGUCGUCCUCAUCGGGGUCUCAAUCUGACUGCAGUUCGUUGUCGUAACAGACUUGAGUAGGCAAAUGCUCACAUUCGAUGGCAUCUGGCACUUUGGAGAGGUGUUCUCUUCACGGUUGAAUUCCGGUUUUCACUGUACAGGGCAGGUGGCAGACAGCGUGUAGGUGAGCGGUUUGCUGAUGUCAACGUUAUGGUUUGAGUGGCCCAUGGUGGAGGUGGGUUAUGGUAUGGGCAAGCACAAGUUAUGGACAACGAACACAGAUGCAUUUUGAAUGCACAGAGAUACCGUGAUGAGAUCCUGAGGCCCAUUGUUGUGCCAUUCAUCCACGACCAUCACCUCAUGUUGCAGCAUGAUAAUGCAAAGCCCCAUGUUGCAAGGUUCUGUACACAAUUCCUGGAAGCUGAAAACAUCCCAGUUCUUGCAUGGCCAGCAUACUCACCGGACAUGUCACCCAUUGAACAUGUUUGGGAUGCUCUGGAUUAGACAUAGAAACAUAGAAUGUGUUAGCAGAUAAGAACGAUUCGGCCCAUCUAGUCUGCCCAAUUUUCUAAAUACUUUAAUUAUUCCCUAGCCUUUUCUUAUAGUUAGGAUAGCCUUAUGCCUAUCCCACGCAUGCUUAAACUCCUUUACUUUAUUGGCGUAUACGACAGCGUGUUCCAGGUCCUGCCAAUAUCCAGCAACUUCACACAGCCAUUGAAGAGGAGUGGACCAACAUUCCACAGGCCACAAUCAACGACCUGAUCAACUCUUUGCGAAGGAGAUGUGUUGCACUGCGUCAGGCAAAUAGUGGUCACACCAGAUACUGACUGGUUUUCGGACCCUCCUGGACCUCUUCAAUACAGUAAAACUGCACAUUUUAGAGUGGCCUUUUACCUGUGCAAUAAUCAUGCUGUCUAAUCAGCAUCUUGGUAUGCCACACUUGUAAGGUGGAUGGGAAGUACUCACUAACACAGAUUUAGACAGAUUUGUGAACAAUAUUUGAGAAAUAGGCUUUGUGUACAUAGAAAAAGUCUUAGAUUUUUGAGUUCAGCUCAUGAAAAAUGGGGGCAAAAACAAGUGUUGCGUUUAUAAUUUUGUUGUGUGUGUGUGUGUGUAUGUCUGGCUGUGUGUGUGUGUGUAUGUCUGGCUGGAUGUGUGUGUGUGUAUGUCUGGCUGGCUGUAUGUGUGUGUGUUUUGUGUGUAUGUCUGGCUGUGUGUGUGUGUGUCUGGCUGUGUGUGUGUGUGUUUCUGUGUCUGGCUGUGUGUGUGUGUGUGUGUCUGUGUCUGGCUGUGUGUGUGUGUGUGUGUCUGUGUCUGGCUGUGUGUGUGUGUGUAUAUAUGUCUGGCUGUGUGUGUGUUUGUAUGUAUGUAUAUGUGUCUGUAUGCAUGUGUUUGUCUGUAUAUGUGUCUGUAUGUUUGUAUGUGUGUCUGUAUAUGUGUCUGUGUGUGCAUGUGUAUCUAUUUGCCUACAUGCAUGGUGGAGCAAUGUAUCGGGAGGGCACAAGGCAAUUUUCGCACCGGGGCCCUGUGGUUUCUAGUUACGCCAUUGCUUACAUAUACAUGGGUGGUAAAAUUAGAUUACAACCUAAAGUAGGUGGGGUGAAAUUACACCAAAGGUGGCAAUAAAGUGCAUGAUGUUUAAAAUAAAAAUGGAUUGCUAGGUGUAUUAAGAGUAGAAAAGGUUAGUAAAUAGUUAGAAAUUCAAAGUGAAUUUAAAAUAGAAUAGCCAAACUCCAAAUAUUUUUCCAAUUGGUUGUUGUGUCAUAUAUUUAAAGUUUUCAUUGAAUAAAAAAAAAAAAUUACACUUUAGUAAAAAACAUUGUUAGUCUGUACAUAUUUUAUAUGAUUUCUAUUAGCGUAGAAGGAGAAGUUAAUUGAUUAGUUACUAUGCCUACCUAAAAUGUUAGCUAUGAUGGUGUAAACAGAGGCAGGUUGCAAGUCUUCAGCAGAGGUGAGGGGCCAAGAGAUAUACUUGUGUUUUAAUGAGUUUAUGUAGAUUGGUGCACUCUUAGAUCUUCAGUAAGGGCUAAUAUUGUAAAUCAAACCAUAAAACAUGUAGGGAUCUAAGGUAAGGACUAAUAGAGGGGUGAAGUGGGGGAAGAGUGGAGGUCAGAAAGACAAGUCUGACAUCAGCAUUAUUUAUUAGGUUGUAAUGAAUCAGUUUGGACUUGAGUGAGAUCAGUUAAGGAAUAUGUUGCAGGAAUCAUAGGCAAGUAUUUAGGUAGCACUCUUUGUUAGGUAGGUGUGUUUUGAAGAUGUAUAUGGCCAGGAUUUGGAGACAGAAAUGAUGGCUUGACAAAUUCUCAGUUUAAAGAUGAAACAUCGCAAGUGUGAGGGAUGAAGAGAGACAAAAAAAUUAUAGAGAGGAAUUUGCAUGUAUUGGAGCUGGAAAGAAUGUUUAUGGCAAUAUUAAAGGACUCCAGACUGAUUUUUUUUUUUUUUUCAUAAAACAAGUCACUGUUUUUUUUUAUAUUUUCCCAAUGAACACAUGCAUGCAUUUUUCAUGCUUUCAAAAGAGCUUGCAAAACCUGCAGUUCCUAUGAAUUGGAGCCUUUGCAAGCCCUCCCCCUUUGCCCUGGAAGAGACUAUCAGUGUGCUCGCAGGUGUGUGCGCAUCUGAUGUGAGAUCUUUGGAGGUGCUAGAGUUCUUGAAGAAGCUGGUCUGAUGUCUGUGGUGUAGAAGGCUGUCUCGCUCAAGUAGUUAAGUUCCGUUAGUAGCGGAGCUAACAGAAGGAGGAAGCAAACCUCCCUGACUGUCUGAUUGACAGCCAGACAGUCAGGUUGGUUCUCCAUAAUUUAAUUAUAAAAGUGCUGCACUUUUAGAAACUGGGUUAAAAAAGGAAGCACGUCAGUGUGGAGUUGUCCUUUCAAGAUAAGAGAAAGGGAAUGUGGGAGUUAUAUUAUUCAUGCAUGCUGCACUAUGCAGACUCAUAUUUUCAGGGUGUGUCCAAACACUAUUGCCAUUGACUUGUGUUUAAUUACAGUCAUAUAUAUAUAUUUUUUUAAAUUACAACACUGACCAUCCACAUAGGACUCAUUACGUUCUCGCACAGCAUUUCUAUGUAUAGUAUAGUAUUCAGUCAGCAAUGAUGAAACAUUGGUCAUUUGUGACGAAUAAUUCUCCAUUGGUUAUACGUAUUUCAAAAAUGUUUCUUUUUUAAUAAGGUAGUAGUUUCACAAAUGUAUCAAAGAAAAUUAAACUAAACCCUACAAAAUAAGCAUUUUCAAUAUGUAACAUACAUUUUUAUACAUAGUGGUUUAUUCUUGUUUUAUACAACUACAAAUCUUUCCUCCACCUCCCUCCCCCAUUUCAUAGAUGAAAGAAGCUGAUGAAGGUGCAAGUUCUGGAGAUGGUCUGAAGAAAUCUUUGCGUAAAAGAAGAGUACGAAAAGAUUAGUCCCACAUUUCACACUCCCUUCUAGGAUUUUUAUAGUUAACCACUCACCAGCAAAGCUCUCAAGACCUCAUGGGGAUUGUAACAAUUUGAACAGAAAACACUGCUACUUUUUUUUGUCCAAUAUUGAUUAUCAUGAAUAUCUUCCAAACCUGCCCCACCAUAUUUGCUGCUGGAAGUUUUUGUAUUGGACUCUGGAUCGGAGUCCUCAUGUGACUUUUUACCUAAACUUUUGUAGUCAUGGUUAUAUUUUGUCCCGUUUCAUGUUACUUAUCCCUUUAUUACAAAAGUAAAGUGUGUCCUGACAAAUGCAGAAAUAGUGGAAAUUAUGGUAAAAUACAAAUGUAACGUUAUUAGUAAGAACAAAAAACAGAAGCACCAUUCAAAAAAGAAGGGAAAAAAAAGAGGGGUAGGGUAGCCACAGACAAGCCAAACAUGUUUAAAAUAUUGACGAUCCUUACUCUUAUGUAACUAACCAUAAAGUUGGGGUGUACCACAUUUUCACCCAUUUCUUGAAGGAGUAGCUGCUUUUUAUUUUUUGUUCCUAAUAGAGUUGCGUUUGUACGGUCAGAAUGUCCAUUGUGUGUGCUGCUCAGGGCUUCGACAUAUCUGUCUCUGUUACAAGGGAGCCUUGGAACAACCAAAACCUGCCGAGAGAUAUUUACAGCGGUACUGUAAUAAUUUUUUGACUGUCAGUUUGUAAACAUGUUUGUACCCGUACCAGAUUCUGAGGUAAAAUUUGCAACCAGAAAAUAUUAAAGAAAAUACCAACACCUGUUUAUUAAAGUCAAAUUUUUUAAUAACUGAAUAUCUUCAUGCCAACCUGCUGGGAGUAACAUCUAGGCAGAAUACUCUGUAAAACUAUAAGGCCAACACACUAUGAUCUUUCUAAUAUCAGCAAAAGACCACAGAAUACAAUUAACUCUUUCAUUAACAGGGCAUUUUAAUUCCGUAUUGAUUUUGUUCUAUUGUUAUGAUAACAGUUUAUUAAUAUGUCUAUUUAUUUGGGAGGACAUCUAACCUUGCUUCUAUUUCAAAUGUUUGACAGAGAAAUGUAUUUGGCCAUUUUUAAAGGCAUGCCUUAUAUCAUCACACCUGCUGAGCAUGCGGAUAUAUUUAUUCUGGUGACCUUACUUAGCUUACGUACCAAGGUUUAAUAAUGUGCUUUGCUAGAGCUGUCUUGGUGACUGGUACAUGUGUUGUAUCUCUAAGUCAACUGGCAGCAGACUUUUACAUUUUUAUGCUAUUACAUUAUAUAUACAUAUAUAUGAAAAAUGGUGUACAGUUUUUUCCAGAUUUUUAUAGUUUAAAGUCAAACCCAAGUUGUGAAUUACAAAAUGUACAUUGUUAUUGAAAAUAAAUAUUUAAUAUUU